AGGCACCGUUGCGCUUUUGGCCAGGCGGGCUGAGUAUGGGGCAGCGCGUGCUCGGCUGGCGCUGCUCUUUGGCUCGCUGCUUCCUCCUCCGCGCGGCGAUGGCGAGAGGCUGCCGUGAGCCAGGGGGCUGGCAUCGCCCCAGGGUCUGCGCCGGGAGGCCCAGCCCCAGCUCUCAUUGGACUGCGGCGAGGAGCAAAGCUGUCAGCCCAUGUGGCGUGGCCACCGGAGGUGGUGGCUGUUUAAAUAAGCGCCGAGAGCUAGAGGGAGACAGUGAGAAAGGGACGCGGAGCGCAGAUAGGCGGCGCGGGCAGCCUCAGUUACGCAUCGGGCACCGACGAGGAGGCAGAGAGGGACUUGGCGGCCAGGGACUUGGCGGCCGGCAGCGUAGCAGCAGCAGCAGCAGCAGCGGGGCUUUUCAGCGCGCCUCCUUCGCCGAUCACCUUCCAGCGGUGGCUGCCGAUCUCAAGGACCCGAGCAGGUAACCGGCUCGGGUUGCCGGGAUGGAGGGAGAGGCAGCUCUCCUCCUCUCCGGAUGGCGCUUGUAUGAAUGAAACGGAGCAGCCGGCUAGAGCUGCUGCGCACUUUGGGGCGCUGGGGCGCCUCUAGGACUGUCCUCGGCUUGAUGGGGGCCCUCUGGAUGCCCUCGGUGCCUUUGCCCGCUGGGGCUGGUUUGGCCCCUUUGGAAGCAGCCAUGAUCUCUUCCUUCUCCUCCUCCUCCUCUUCCCGGCGUGGGGGAGGGGAACCGGCCUUGGCGGCACCAGAUCUCUAAAUGCGUUUUCAUUUUCCCACCCUCCUUAUGCAAAUAGGGUUGUGCAAAUUUAGGCAGACUGAAAUACGUCCGUUUUGAAUAGGUCGUCCGGGCCCGUCUUCGAAAUCGGAAGGCGACAUCCAUUUUCAGGUGUUGGAUGAGCCUUCCCAAGUGAAAUCAGCUCGGACCCGGAGGAGGCCUUGGAGGCGCAGGCGGGUGGGAUCGGGUGGCUAUGCGGCUUGAGCGCAACAUCUUUCAGAAGUAGCACCGGAGAAGCUUCCGAUGCUAGAUCAGGUUUUUGUUCUCCAUUUUGAUAGCCAGCUCUGUGGGGAACGAACAAAAGCUGUGGCUCUUGAGAUUAAAACAACAACAGUGUGUGUUUUUUAAAUUUAAUUUUAUUAUUUUUUAAUUAACGGCAGAAUAAAAUUGCAGAGGUAAAUUGCUGCCUUUGAAAUUUUGUGAUGUAAUGUGGUAGCAGUGAAGUUGAUUUGAGGUGUGGUUUCCCCCCGUAUUGAGGUUAUGGAAUAAAAAGGGGGAGGAGUGUUUGGCAAUAAGGGAGAUGGAGGCUAAGCCUUGCUGCAUUGUAAGUGUUCUGCAUCCAGCCAUUUUGAUACUGUACCAGGCAAGGAAGACAGUUACACUGGCACACUGAAGCCCAUUAUUUCAGCAGAUCUAGGUAGAAAAGGGGGGUUCUCUCCCCCCUUAAUUUCCAGCUCUUGCCUUUAAUAUGCAGAAGCACAGAGAAGGAGAUAAGAGUUUGGAAGGUAUAUGACAUGCACUGGAUAUUCUCUGCUCUAUUGUGACAUUAGGAAAUGAGGACACCAGAUAGUUUCUACUUCGUCACUUGCAACCCAAGUCUUUCACUUCUUCUCAGGUAGCUAAUAAAAGUCAGCAAUUUCUGCUCAGCAUUUGGAAGGAUUUUCUCUUUGUUUCAGGACAUUCACAGAGCCUGUGAUUAUUCUAUUGUUCUCAUAAUGUAACCUUGUAUUCAUAUUCCUCAGCUCAGCAGUACGAUCCUACAUCCAUCUCCAGAGCUAAGGGAUGCUGUUGUAAUGCAAUUUGAGCUAUUUGUAUUACAGCCAGUUAAUUUUAUUCAGACGCAUAAAAACAGGUAAAAUAAGGUAGUUCUCUUAUUUCUCUGUUUUUUAAAUUACCUUAUACGGUACCAUAGUCAUGCAACAUGGAGAAUUUAAAGACAAAAAGUGUCGUACAGCAAUUUAUCUUACUAGAUAUUUUAAAUCAUAGAGGGUAACUGGUACCACGCCCCCCUUUGCUAACCCAGUUCCGUGGCAAAGUUGUCCUUGUCUGUGUUUUUUGUGUGCUGAUCCUCAAAACUGUUGUCCUAAGUGUCUGAAGUAAGAUUCCAAACCAAGGAAGUCAGAAUAUUUCCCUUUUUGUCAUACGUUCUCAACCUUGCUUAGAAGAAUCUAAAAACAAUGAACAUUUAUUUAAUGUCUCUAGGAACUGAGAAGUACUGCAACUUGCAUUGGUGACAAAAGUUCCCUUUCUCCCACUGAAACAAAUUGAAGCAAAGAACUUAAUCUCUCAAUUUACAAGCAAUUCAGUCAAGGUUGACCUUACCUUAAAAGUAAAAUGGUAGAACUGUCGUUGACUUCUGUGAGACUGGUGCACUGAUCCUGAUGGAUCUGCUUGCUGUGUUAGGGUAAAUGAUUGUUGUAUUGGUUUUAUUUAUUUAAUUCUUUACAUUUCAUUUCAUUUAUGUUUGCUUAAAGUUCACAUUUAGGGCCAAAUGCGCCCCCCUUUUGUUAAACUAAGCUAGAGGAACUAUUGCUAUGUCCUGUCCCAAGUAUUUAUGUGCUAGCCCAGGAAUUUGUGGUACCAGAAUGAAAAAUCAGGCCACAAUCCUAAACACGAUGAUUGAAUAAGCCCCAUUUCACACAAUGGAAUUUACUUUUGUGCAAGCAAGAAUCCUGAGCACAGAAUUACACUGUACCAGCCCAAUCCUAUGCAUGGUAACUCGGGAGCAUGUCCCUUUGAGUUUAAGAAAUAUGUUUAGGAUUAGAGCAGGGUUUCCCAAACUUGGGUCUCCAGUGGUUUUUGGACUCCAACUCCCAUCAUCCCUAGCUAGCAGGACCAGUGGUCAGGUCAAGGAUGAUGGGAUUUUUAGUCCAAAAACAGUUGGAGGCCUAAAUUUGGGAAACCCUGGAUUAUAGCAUUGGCUGUGAACAAGUGAAACCAGCUGAAAUCAUUGGGACUUCCUUCUGAGUUAACAUAGCUAGGAUCACACUAUACAUUCAAGCAUUUUAAUUUAACUGGAGACUUAUGGGUAGGAGGAAGUGGGUUUUGUGAGCGCAUUCAUGGUCACUGGAGGCUGCAUAUAAAAGAGAACAGUGCGUAGCUCUGUAGAAGAGAGGAUAUUGGCAUGUAUACACUGCAUGACAAGUUACGCCUACUGAAACUCUCCCUUUGAUGCAACUAUCAGAGGUGCAGGAGCCCUGACCUCUUCUUCACCUGGCCACCCUGCAUGGUCACAGGUCAGUAUAAAGGGAUUGGCCGCCAAAGACAACACUCAGCUGGUGAGUCCCUUUAAUAAAAACGAAGUUAGGAGGAACCACUGAUCUGACACUACAAAAUAAGCACAUAAUUUUUCCAUGCCCCCGAAGUGAACAUGCUUACAACAAAGAGGUUCAAAAUGUACACAUAGAAGUGUGUUAUCUUUAAUUAUUUAAAGUCCUUUGGUUUUUGGUUUGGUUUGGUUUGGUUUGGUUUGGUUUGGUUUGGUUUAACAAUCCAUACCUUCAUUAUGUGCCGUGAUGGAUGUCCCUUCUCAGAGGGAGCAGAGUAAUUUGGAAAGGACAGUGUGUGGCUGUGUUGACAUAUAAUAAAGAUGAAUCAUGGUUUCUUAGGACCACAAUGUCCUACAGUCUUCCCCUGGACUCAGGAGGUUUCCCCUGUCCCCAGUGCAACCACCAGGAGAUGACUGGAAACAUUUGCUUGCAUUUUUGUUUAACCACAACUUGUUGCAUUGCCUAAUCCCGACAAACUAUGGUUAAUUUUAACAAUGAUUUGUUUGAAACAACCUCCUUCAAGCCAUAGUUUAUGAAACUAGCUAAAUGAAAAUGGGCUAAAUACUGAUUAAGUGAAAGUGAACAUAUCUGAAAUUCCCCUCACAGCAGUGCUGGAGAAGGGAGCCCGAAAGCUCAGGGGAGGUUAGGCUCAUUCACAACAUAAUAAACCAUGGUUUAUAGUGACGUCAAAACACAGCCACAGUCUUGAAAUGAUGUCAAAACAUAGCCAUAGUCUUGAAGUGAAUUUCAGUACACAUCUUUAAAAUAUCCUCCAGUUAAGAAAAGAAACAAUGGGAGGGGGAGAUACUUAAUGAAUUACAAGCAACCUGUUGAAAUGCACUUAAAAUGGCCUUUUGUAGCACAAUCACAAGAAAAGACUAAGUGCGUAGUUACUGUACGAUGAAUGUACUCAAAGUGCUGUGAUGAAACAAGUAGGUACUAGUGCAUAAUGCCAGUGAGAAUGACUGGUUAUUAUGGAUGAUAAAUGAGUUAGCACAGUGCCACAAGGCUGCACAAAUACUGUGUAAAUAAGGUACCCUCUUACAAUGGUGUGGCCUCCUUUGGAUGAUUUCAGAUCAGAAAAUGCAGAAAUCCGUAUUGGAGAGAGCUCUGUGUAAUACUGCACUGGAUAUUACAGAAAUCUCAACGCAUGCAAAAAUAGUCCAAAGGCUGUCUAGGUGUGUUGCAAGGUCCUUUUGCAUACAGCGAUCAUUUAAACUUAUUGACAAAGUCAAUAGGAAAAGAAGAAGUGAAAUUCGGCAGAAAGGCCAGUCACAAAGGAACACUAUGGGAGAAAAUGGUGAGGACUACUUCAUAGACGCUUUCCUCUGUUCAUGAAGAGUUCUCAAAUGCUCAUUGAAUGCAUGCUCACUUUGGCAAAUGUAAAAUAUGAACUAAGCUAGGAUGGAUAGUUGAUCAUUAUGCCUCUAGUCGUAAUCUCGGGGCAAAGUGCUGCUAUGAUCGUGAGAACUACUUCUCACCUAUAUUCUGUUAUCCAUCUUAAUGCAUACCUGGGGUUGCUGUGGACUGCUUAUGUAAACCUGCCCUCAGAAGCAACAUAAUUAAUACUUAUUUGUACUCACUUAAGCAUAUGUGUGGUUGAGCUAAUGCUGUAAAUUAACUGCCCAUCCUCUGCUCUGUGCCCUAGGCCACAGUCACACUAUAAAUUUAAGGCACCAUGACUCUACUUCAAAUAGUCAUAUUCUCCCAGAGAAUCCUGGGAGCUGUAGUUUGUGAAGGGUGCUGAGAGUUGUUGGGAGACCUCUGUUUCCCUCACAGAGCCACAAUUCCUAGAGUGGUUUCACAAUCCCUCUUCCCAAGGAACAUUUUGCACUGUGUGUGAAGAAGAGCUUCCCUUUGUCCGUCCCGAAAACACCAAUGUGCAAGUUCAUUGGAUAAUCUCUGGUUUAGCGUUAUGAUAGAGGGAGGAAAACUUCUCUCUAUCCACUUUCUUAACACCGUGCAUAAUUUUAUGCACCUCUGUAAUGUCCUUAUUCAUGCUUCCCCCCCAAACUAAAAUGCCCCUCAUCUCAUCCCAGACAACAUCACAGGCACUGUGUACCCAACAUCUGCCUCCAACACUCUUGCCCAGUCCUACCCUGCCCCUCGACUGGUUACUUGGCUCAGAUGGCAGUGUUUUGGCUCAGAGGAUGCCUGGUGUCUGUCUGCUCUGCCGUCUCUACUCUUCUCCCUCCAGCCUGAGUGAUGGGUGGUUUCUGCUGCACCCACUGCAGCACCCAUGACACAAUGCAGCAUGUGAUGUGUCUUGCUGUGUUGCUGGACCCCCAUCAGCCAAUUGUUUGCCUGGACAGUUGGCCAAUGAGCAGAUAGACAAGCUAUUCUUCUCCCGCCUUCCCAUUUUGGAGAAGAGCAGAAAAGUAAGCUGAAGGGUUGCCAGGCUAACAAAGACAGACUCCACAGAGCAUGUGUAGCUUGCCACACUCACUAUCUGAGGAAGUGGCACUGGGCAGCAGCAGCAGCAGCACCGCAGUAGUCUAUGGCAGACAUCUGUGAGCCAUUCACCAGCAAGUAAAACUAGGCCAAGAAGACACAGGGAAGAAAUGGAUGAAGAAAGUGGUGGCCAAGUGCCAUUGCUCAUCUGCUGCACAAGACGACAACAUCAUUUCACCUAAUGAUAGAGCUGCCCUUGCUUCAAACUCACAUUUCAUACCUGGCCUCUGCUCCACCCUGAAUCUUCAUAUUCUCUCUCUUGCACCAUUCUGAUAUAAUUAGACCACAAUUACAAUGGGACAGAUACUCACGUUCACACUGUGAAUAAACCUGAUGCUGGAUUGAUGAUUUUAAGCAACUCUGUAAAAUCAGAUCGAUGAUAGAAUAGGUUGCAAGCAGAAAACCAGAAAGGAACCAUUUUUGAAAGACAGGACAGUAGUUUUUAUGAGUGUGAAACUACAUGCGACUGAGCAUGCAAUGGGGUCUGGUCCUGAAACACUAAAAGCACCUAGCAAACCCAUUUUCCAGACCUGACAGUGAAAUGGUUGUACAAUGCCUACUUCAUAGCACUUUCAGCUCUCUGAAAAAAAUAAUUAUCUGGUCUUCAGUCUGUGUUUUGAGUUUAAUUAGCUGGCAUCCCACUCUCCCUCCGCCUUGUCUUUCAUUGUAUCACUGAAGCUGAUAGAAAGAUUUCUGCUUUAUCUUUGUAAUAUCUCUUCCCUUUGGCCAUCUCAGUUCAUAUAUUCUGAGCAGAUCAAUAUUUCUCAGCUUUAUUCUGAUACAUAUGAUCCAAAGCACAGAAACGUUUCCUCCCUCAGAGGCAAAUCAUUCACUUUAUAGAGGGAGUUAGUACUGUGCCCUUCAGAUGUUGCUGAACGAAAAAAACUUAUUGGCCCUGCUGCCUGGGGCUGAUUAGAGCUGUAUUCCUACAACAUCAAGAGCAGGGGUCAGCAAACUUUUUCAGCAGGGGGCCGGUCCACUGUCCCUCAGACCUUGUGGGGGGCCGGACUAUAUUUUUUUUGGGGGGGGGAAUGAACGAAUUCCUAUGCCUCACAAAUAACCCAGAGAUGCAUUUUAAAUAAAAGGGCACAUUCUACUCAUGUAAAAACACACUGAUUCCUGGACUGUCUGUGGGCUGGAUUUAGAAGGCAAUUGGGCUGGAUCCGGCCCCCGGGCCUUAGUUUGCCUACCCAUGAUCAUUAUCGGGCUCACUGGAUCAGAUUUUCGAAAUGACCCAGUUGUCUGGAGCGUAGGAUGUGAAAAUAAAUGGCUAGGCUUUCAAAGGCACGACCAGAAGAAUGGGAUGUGCAGAUGAUCAAUGGUACAUCUGGAUUAUAAAAUGAUUAGGAAUUUACUGGGAGUAGAAUUGCUUGCUGCUUUAAAUUAGGAUGAUAGCACUUCCAUUAAAUAAUGCACCCUCAUGCUGCCUUUAAAUUUUAUAUUGUACAACAGGGAGCUCUUCAUUAUUGCUCUGUUCUGCUGUCUGAAUGACUUUUAAGUGUCUUGUGGACACCAGAGAAAGAAUACCUAGGAAGAUUUACUUACUAUAUUAUAUAUAUAUAUAUAUAUAUAUAUAUAUAUAUAUAUAUCCCACCUUUUCUCCAAGAAGCUCAAGGAAGCAUGCAUGGUUCUCCACCCAUUUUAUCCUCAUGCAACCAUGUCAGGUUUGUUAGGCUGAGAGACAGUGACUGGCCCAAGGUGAACUAUAUGGUUGAGUGCAGAUUUGAAUUUGGAUCUUCACAGUCCAAGUCCCCACUACUGGCCAUGCCAGCCAAGGCUGAUGAGAAUCCAUAGACUCAUAGAAUUGUAGAGUUGUAGCUCCAACAGUAUCUGGAAGUCACAGGCCUCACCCUACCCCUGGACUAUUUAUUUAUUUAUUGGAUUUAUAUCCCACCCUUUUCUCUAAGGAGCUCAAGGUAGUGUACAUGGUUUUUCUCCUCAUUUAACUCCAAACGAACCCCAUGAAAAAGGCUAAGCUGAGAGGUAGUGAGUUGCCCCAACUCACAAGGUUCUUGUGAGGACAAAAUGGAGAAGAACCAUGUAUGCACCUUGAACGCCUUAGAGGAAAGGUGGGAUAUAAUGUAGGAUCAACCUAACCAACACCAUUAGCUUUGUGAAAGGACUUCCAUUUCUUCCCCCCUCUCCUUCCCUCAUGUGCCCCACACCCCAAAAAUGGUCUCUGGAGUGUGUCAGGGAACUCCCUGCUCCCCAAAUUCAGAGGGAACAGGGGGGAAAUCUGGAAGUGCACCAUGUUGAAUUCCACCCACUAUCUUACAGAAGAACAGUUGACACCUGUGACUGAACAAUCAAUCUUUGGUCAUUCAAGGUGUAAUUGAUGCCACUAAACAACAAGGAGUGUGAGGGAGGGGAGCUGUAGGGCAGCAUGAGAUAGCCCCCACACGCACUAGCUGUGUCCUUGGCGAGCUUGGGAAUCUGUGUGUGCCAACAUAUGCAUUUAAAGCUCUUUCAUGUGUGAGGGGGCAUCACUGGACCAAUCGGAAUCCCCUCAUGUGAAGGAGCUCUCUGAACAUCCUUCAGUGUAGGUAUGAGUCACCUCAUGGGGCUGAGGAGUGACCCUGCUGUGCUACUGGCAUGAUGGAUGUCCAUUUGAAUGUCCCAAACAAGACAAGCCAGCACAGAAAUAAGGCUAAAUUGCUGUAGUCAUACCUCAGGUUGUGAACGUGAUCCGUGCGGGAGGCACAUUCGCAACCCGCAGUGCUGUGUCUGCACACAUGCGUGACGUGAUUCGGCGCUUCUGUGCAUGCGCGUGACGUCAUUUUGUGUUUCUGUGCGAGCGCCGAAACCUAGAAGUAACCCGUUCCGGUACUUCCGGGUUCGGUGCGGUCCGCAUCCCGAAAACUCACAACUUGCAGCGUUCGUAACCUGAGGUAUGACUGUAUUUAGAUGCCAUUGUAUGCAUUGAAUACUUGCCUGCAUAGGAAAGGGAAAGGAAUUUCCUGAUAGAUGAAUGAAAGAAUAUAAUUGUUACUGAUAAUUAUUGAAGACUGCAGUCCUCUUCCAUUAAAAUUAAGGGGGGUAUUUUUAUACCAACCUCAACAGGAACAGGCUUGCAGCUUACUGACUAUGAUCAGAAAUUAUAGUCUUCAAUUAUGCAUUUCCAUUGAUAUUCCAUUUGCCCUUAAAUGAACUUAUCUUGAAAAGACAUUCUUACAUAUUUUACUGCACUAUUUUCAUCUGGAGGGGCAUUCUUGCACUAUAGCAACAAAAGAGGGGCCAAAAAAAAAAAAAAAAGGUGCUCAGAAUAUUUGUGGUAUGACAGGAUUUCAGCUGAAAGCUACAGGAUAUACCGUCAUUGGAAACGAAGUGGUAUGAUCACCCUAGAACUUUUGCAAGCAUGAGCAUGAUUGAAAGUGGGAUUGCGUGUAACCACCUCAAUACCAUCAUCAGCACAAAUUGUAUAAUGUAAGCACAAUAAAAAGGACAUUUGGUGGUACCCAUAGAAUGGCGUAAGACCUAGAAAAGCUCAGUCUCUUCACUCUCACAUUGCUUCACUCUACUUCCCACUUUUAGCUCUAAGCUCAGCUCUGCCCUCCAGAGCAAAUCUCUGCUCUGAAUCACUACAAGCAAGGAAAGGAAGCCAAGGAAUCUGGCUGCGCCUCUUUUACUUCUUUAUCAGUUAGCUUUGACUACAACAGUUAGUUUUGCCUUUUUAUCUCUGAUGAUCUUUUCUAGGAAGUCCUACCUACAGACUGGUGAAGAGUAGCAACAAUAGCUUUAAAUGAGUUAAACUUGCUCAGAGUGAUUGAAGGGAGAACUGCAAUAGUUUUAUAGCUGAAGGAUUUCUUGUCAAGCUCGUCCCCCCCCCCCCAAAAAAAAGUGUUUUGGACUGGUUCCUUAGCAUUCAGAACUAAAUAUAAACUAUGUUAUUAUAUACUAAAAUAUACUACCUCACUACUUAAAAGCAAAUAUUUUCCCUCCAUACCUUUAGGUAUGUCACAGAUCACCGAAAUGUUAUGUUGAAUUUUAUUAUCUGGAUUGUCAACCUGCUUUGUUGUUUUAUUUGCUGACAACAUCUAUAGCAACAGCAACAACAGGGGGGAAAAUUACAAACUGAUUCAUGGCUAGAGUUCAUCAAAGCAGUGUACGAGAUGAUAAAACACAGUGCCCAGUUUUUGAAAUCAUUUCUUAAAAGCUCUUAAAACAUUGGGAGCACUUCAACGUUGCACUCUGACAAUUGUUCCACCAGGGCAAGCAUUUGGGCUUGUCAGAUGGAGCAAUCUCCCCUUUCCUCCCCCUGCAUGCUGUUUCGGGGGUUCUCCUGACUCCCCCCCCCCCAAUUUUUUGGGGGGGGGCACAUGUGGGGGAUGAGAGGGGGAGCCCCAUUGUGCAAGCAGAAGUUCUUGUGUGGGCUUCUGUUGACAGAACCCAUUUUAGUUAGAUCCCAUCCAAUAAAACAACAUCUUACAAAUGCUAGAAAACAACAAAACCAUAUCUGCAAGUAUGCAAUCGGUAUUCCGUAAGUUAUUGGGUUACCCAUCGGGGCAAGCCUUCUUGAAUAAACAUGCCUUCAAUAGGCACCUAAACAUAAUGAUGUUACUGCUCAGUGCCUGACUAGUGCUAUUCAGUAUAUAUCCAUUAUGCAGCAGGUGACAUGGUCAAUAGUAAUAUUAAUCCCACAACACACUAAAGCAAAAAUCACUUGCUGCCCAAUAAUAUCUCGGUCAAUUCAUCACUAGUAGCACAAAAUUCACAUACAGCCAGAUGUGUGCCCCUUUGCUACAUUGCUAAAUUUGCAGUUAUCUGACUACAGCGGACUAAAAUGAAUAAAAUUAGUUUUAAAAGGACAGUCCCUCAGGAGGAGGGACAGAGCACUGGCCAGGAUGGAAGCCAGUGCAAUAUGUUUGACCCUGUUACUAUUGCUGGAAGUAAUAGACAUGACAGGGUGGAUUCUUGGCCAAGGUGUUGAAAGGCUUUUUCCAAGUGUUACAAGAUGCUCCAAGUGGUGCCACCUACAUAUUGAUAUAGAAUCAUGGGUGGGGGCCCUCAUGGAACAAAUUUAGGCUGUGCAUGGGAGGAGGAAAGGGAGAGAAUGUUCAGCUGCACAGAUAGAAAUCAUUGUACAGGUAGAAAAAUUGCCGUAGUACUACGUUGGGUUCCACCCAUGAUAUGGAAUUAGAUGUUAUUAAUCACGAACUCCGUAGGCUAAAGCCUUCUUCUAUCUCUAUUUGAAUAAUUUCAUUCACUGUGUGGUUGCACCAAUAGCUUUCCAGAAGUUUUUGUUCCUUGCUGUUUAUUCAGUUACUUCGAGUUCAGCACUUGCAUCCAGGAUCUCCAAGCCCACUGGUAUAUAAAAGACCACAUCUGCUCAUAAAAUAGCUCUCAUGUGGUCUGUUCUACAGGUAUAUCUUUAAAAGAAUCUGAUCUGCUGCUCAAAAAUAUAUGAAAUUAAUUUGCCCGGUGUUUCACUGGUAAUUAUAUAUUUGUUUUAUUAACAAGUGCAUUGUAAUUUUCUUGUGUGAUUCAUUAUUGCUGCAUAGGCCUGAUUUUUCUUUUCUCCACUUGCUGUCUAGAGACAAGUUGAGAGAUGGAGGAAGUGGUGGUUGCAGGCAUAGCAGGGAAGCUGCCAGAAUCAGAAAACUUGCAAGAGUUUUGGGAAAAUUUGAUCAAUGGAGUGGACAUGGUUACAGAAGAUGACCGGAGAUGGAAACCAGGUAGGUCUAGUGAUCUUGAUGGCCUUCUCGGUAGUGGCACCCUCCCUGUGGGAUGCCCUCCCAUCAGAUGUUAAGGAGUAAUUAUAUAACAUCUGAAGGCAGCCCUAUAUGGGAAAGCUUUUUAAAGUUUAAUGUUUUACUAUGCUUUAUAUAUGCUGGAAGGGACACGGGUGGCGCUGUGGUCUAAACCACUGAGCCUAGGGCUUGCUGAUCAGAAGGUCGGCAGUUCGAAUCCCCACGACGGGGUGAGCUCCCGUUGUUCGGUCCCUGCUCCUGCCAACCUAGCAGUUCAAAAGCACACCAAAGUGCAAGUAGAUAAAUAGAUAAUGCUCCGGCGGGAAGGUAAACGGCGUUUCCGUGCACUGCUCUGGUUCGCCAGAAGUGGCUUAGUCAUGCUGGCCACAUGACCCGGAAGCUGUCUGCGGACAAACGCCGGCUCCCUCGGCCAGUAAAACGAGAUGAGCGCUGCAACCCCAGAGUCGUCUGCGACUGGACUUAACGGUCAGGGGUCCCUUUACCUUUACCUAUAUAUGCUGGAAGUCGCACAGAGUGGCUGAGGCAACCCAGUCAGAUGGGUUGGAUACAAAUAAUAAGUUGUUGUUGUCAGGAGAAACAGAAACAUUGGAAAGAUGAACUCUAAGGGUCAUUGAGUUGUGUGACCUUUAAGGAACAGGAACCAUUGUCAAAUUCCUGUGCUCUCAUCUGCAUUCCUGGAUGUCCUUGACUAUAUAGCUGAAAGUGACUUCAGCGGGAACUUCUGCCUCAGAGGUUGAAUCCAUCUAAAUCCGUUGUUCCCAACAUGGGGCACACGCCCCACAGGGGGGCAAUUUGUUUUUUAAGGGGGGCAAUUCGAGAAUGAGUUACUAACAGUGAAUGGCCUUUUACGCUUCCUCCACAUGAAUAGGAGUUCACCUUUUGAAUAAUAAAAAUUAUAUGUCAUGGGGGUGGGGGGCAAUAAGGAUUUUAGAGAUGCUUAGGUGGGGCAUGGCCAAAAAAAGGUUGGGAACCACUGUUCUAAAUUAAUCCAACCAAAUCUUUGUCCGGCUUUCCCCCCUGUAUAAAUAGAAAGCAAAUAACACAUACAAGCUUGGAGAAUAGGAAAAUAAGUUCCAUGAUGUCUGCCUUUACCAAAAAAACACCUAAUUAAACUAUGGUGCUUUUGCAGACUCUCCAGAUGAUAAAAGCAACUCUGCAAGAAGUUUUGUGCAAUAGCAAAUAGAAAUAGAAAUAGCAGUGGCAUACAUAAUAAGCACAACCAAGAUGCAAUUUCUAAUCACAGAAGAAGUGAUGUAGAAAUAGCAGUGUCAUACAUAAUAAAUGGCCUUGGUCCUGUAUAUCUGAAGGAGCAUCUCCACCCCCAUCGUUCAGCCAGGACACUGAGGUCCAGCGCCGAGGGCCUUCUGGCGGUUCCCUCAUUGCGAGAAGUGAGAUUACAGGGAACCAGACAAAGGGCCUUCUCGGUAGUGGCACCCGCCCUGUGGAACAUCCUCCCACCAGAUGUGAAGGAAAUAAGUAGCUAUCUUAUCUUUAAAAGACAUCUGAAGGCAGCCCUCUUUAGGGACGUUUUUAAUAUUUAAUGCUGUAUUUUUUUAACAUUCAAUUGGAAGCUGCCCAGAGUGGCUGGGGAAACUCAGCCAGAUGGGUGGGGUAUAAAUAAUAAAUUAUUAUUAUUAUUAUUAUUAUUAUUAUUAUUAGCAGCAGCAGCAGCACAACCAAGAUGCAAUUUCUAAUCACAGAAGACGUGAUGUAAUUUUUCUUUCUUCUUUUGAAAUUUCAGGACUUUACGGACUGCCCAGGAGAAAUGGGAAGCUCAAGGACAUCAGCAAGUUUGAUGCCUCCUUUUUUGGAGUUCACCCAAAGCAAGCUCACACGAUGGACCCUCAGCUCCGACUGCUGCUGGAAGUCUCGUACGAGGCCAUUUUAGAUGGCGGUGAGCAAAGAGUUCUAGAAUUCUGCUCCAAAAGUCCUAUUAACAUGCAAAUCAAUUGUGUACAAAUUGUGUCGCUUGCACAAGAUAACGUAAACUAUUUACAGACCCAAAGCACACCAGACUUUGUUUUCAGGACAGCAUAUAUGUAGGGGGACAUGGGUUGGGGCAGGGAACCGAAGCAAAAAGAUUCUGUCCGCUGCCCAGGUUUAUUCUGGCUUCCAAAUCUAGAAGAAAUAAUCUAAAUAUGACUUUCCCCACUCUGUGACAUGAGGGUUGGCAGUUUUUAAAAACAAAACAGACUUUCGGAGGAAUUCAGUGUUGCACUCUUCUGAUUGUUACCCCCCAUGUGCUUUUCUGGGGUGUACAUGAUCCAUUGGAGCAAAUUAGGGGGAAGAGGGGAGGAAACCCUGUUGUGCUAGUGGGAGCCCUUGCACUGGCUCCUGCUAAGCACAGCAGUUUAGUUAAAUCCAGGCCUUUGCCGAGAGAUCUAGCUUCUAUUGUUUGUCAGAACACCAUGACCAUGCAUUUUGAUAAACUUACCUUGGAACUAAAUGAUGAAACCACUGUUGUGAAGGCCUUGACAUUUCUGUGUCUUUUGAAAUUAGUGUCACACCUUUGCAAAGUUCCCGUUGCAACAUGCUUCUUGCAAUUUUGACAGUGAAAGAAAGAUUAUACAAAAGUAUUAGCAACACUAAUAACUGGUAUCAGUAACGACGGGUAGCAGUGUUGAAAAGACGUGUUAGGAAAUGUGUCCACAGCUGACACGUCCCUCUCUGACAGAGCUCCUGGGAUCUCUUGAAGACACGUUUUCCAACCUCUUUUCCUAUGUCCUCCAAAUGAAGCCUUCCUGCUCAUUGGUGUAAAAUGGAGACAUUAGAGUUUCCAAUAAUGUGGAAAGUUUAGAUAAAACUUUUUGAAAUCUCAUGGCUGGCAGAGACAACACUUCCAUUUUUUAGGAAGCUAAGUUGAAAUGCAUUGGUGGGCCUAUGUUCUUAUUCUAUGUUUUGUUAAUUAUUUUGUUUUGUUUUGUUUUGUUUUGUUUUGUUUUGUUUUGUUUUGUUUAUAUCCUGCCCAUAUCCGGCUGGGCUUCCAUAUACAGUGGUGCCCCGCAAGACGAAUGCCUCGCAAGACGGAAAACCCGCUAGACGAAAGGGUUUUCCGUUUUUGAGUUGCUUCGCAGGACGAAUUUCCCUAUGGGCUUGCUUCGCAAGACGAAAAUGUCUUGCGAGUCUUGAGAUUUUUUUUCGCUUCCCCCCCCCUUUUUCUAAGCCGCUAAGCCUUUAAUAGCCUUUUAGCAGCUAAGCCUUUAAUAGCCGCUAAACCGCUAAUAGCGCUAAUCCGCUAAGCCGCUAAUAGGGUUGCUUCGCAAGACGAAAAAACCGCUAGAUGAAGACACUCACGGAAUGGAUUAAUUUCGUCUUGCGAGGCACCACUGUAAUGUUUAUAUGCUGGUUCCUUUUCUUGCAAGCUUCAAUGCUUCUUACAAAAAAUAAAGUAAGAUUCAAUUAUCUUAAGAAUUAGGUUCAUUUCACACAUUUUCUCCUAUAUGUCACAGAUGGGAGUCAUAAUCUGCUUUAGAGAGAAAGAGGAUCACGUUCGCCAGCAUUUUUUAUAAUCAGCAGGGGCAUCAUGCAUUGGCUUGUCUUGUGCUCUUUGAACACAUUUCCCAUUUAAUAUACUCCCCACCCCACCCCCCGUUCAGCAAUUCACUGCAUAUUUCAGGAAACAAUGUGGGGUAAAGUUGUAAUUUUUGCCUGUCUCUUUGCUUCGGGUCAUUUCUGCCAAGAAAACUUUAUACUCAAAAGGCCGUGAGGGAAGGACCAUGUUUAUAUAGUUGUGUUUUUUUAAAAGAUUCCAAGUAUUUAUAUACCACUUUCAAUCAGAAAGACUGCAAACAGGAAAAAGAAAGUCAAAGCACCUAUUUCAGUAAUAUAAUAGCCUGGUUCAUAUGAUACACUAAACCAAACCUUGGCUUAGUGAGGACACACAAAUGUUGGGCAUCCCAGAGAGGACCUUGCAGCCACUUUGCUUCUCCGUGGUCUUUUUUUUUUUCUUUUUUUUUUUUGCUUCUGGACCAUUGAUUUGCUCGGUCCCUGCUCGUGCCAACCUAACAAUUCAAAAGCACGUCAAAGUGCAAGUAGAUAAAUAGGUACCACUCCAGCGGGAAGGUAAAUGGCGUUUCCGUGCGCUGCUCUGGUUCGCCAGAAGCGGCUUAGUCAUGCUGGCCACAUGACCCGGAAGCUGUGCGCCGGCUCCCUCGGCCAAUAAAGCGAGAUGAGCACUGCAACCCCAGAGUCGGCCAUGACUGGACCUAAUGGUCUGGGGUACCUUUACCUUUAGGGAUCAUGUGACUGAGUUCCAUGGUUGCCUGAGUUCUGUGAUCAUACACACUUUUCCUUACAAGCAACAAUAGUUAAGAUCUUUCAUAAACUGCCUUUCUCCCCCUUCUUGUCCCUACUUCUGUGUCCUGGGUUGUGUUUCCUCCCCGCCCCAACCCUUUGGUUCAUGGACCAAGCACUUAAGUGUCAAAUGUUUCAAGUGACUUCAUCCGUUCUUUGACAAUUCCACACCCUGCUUUUCAUUUCUCACCUCCAAAUAUUCAAUGAUAUUUAUUAUAUUUCUAAUGUUUUCUUUCAUUUGGUGGCCUUCCCCUUUUAGGAAUUAAUCCAGCUUCCAUUCGGGGCACGGACACAGGAGUGUGGAUUGGUGUGAGUGGGUCAGAAGCUGGUGAAGCGUUUAGCGUAGACCCUGAACAGUUGCUGGGGUACAGUAUGACUGGCUGUCAACGUGCUAUGUUUGCCAACAGAAUUUCAUACUUCUUUGAUUUCAAAGGUAAGUUUGCAUCUAUGGAGGGCCAAUGGACUGAUGAUCUCAUGGCAGGGCAGAUGUUUGGUCAGACAGGGGAAGAUGCAGGAAAGUUUGUGAUGUAGUUGAAGAGGAUCCAUAACAGUGCUGCAGAAGUCUUCAGUACAAAGAGCAUAUAUUCUUGAUGGAUGUUUUGCAAAUUCUAAUGGGUGAAUUACUAUGGCAUUGUUGAGAAUCACAGCACUUGACAAAUGUAUUGAAACUCUUUAUGAGUAGGCAUGUGUGGGUCAAACCAGGGCUGGAAUUAAUGUGCCACCAUAGUUAACUCUCCUCUCUGUAAACAGAAGCCUCUCCUGUUAUCACAUCUUAAAGGCUUUGUUCCCCAAGAGAACAAAAACUAUGGCCUUAAGAAAGCUGAAAAGGCAAAACAACUGAUGGUGGCUUGUUGUCUUCUUUCUUUCAUGGUUUUCGUUCCCAAAGGACCAAGUAUGUCCAUCGACACAGCGUGUUCCUCUGGCCUCGUUGCUCUGGACAAUGCUUACAAAGCAAUCCGCAGUGGACAAUGCGAAUCAGCCCUUGUAGGCGGAGUCAAUCUCGUACUGAAGCCCAACACUUCUGUGCAGUUCAUGAAGCUUGGCAUGCUUAGUCCUGAGGGUGCCUGCAAAUCCUUUGAUGCUUCAGGUAAGGGGUUUGUUUUCAUAUUCGGCCAUGUUUUGGAAGCAGCAGCACUCCCAUUUUUGAGGGAGUGUAAAUCUUGGUCUUCUCUUGGUAAAUUAAGAAGUCCCAGCUCUUUUCAGGAUAACAAAUAUCGGAACUGACAACAGCAGUGUUCAGUUGCAUGGCUUGUUCUCCUCCAGUAGCUAAACCGUUUGGUUUUCGCUUUCUUCAUUCUCUGUUUUUAUAAGCUUUCUGUUUAACUGGUCUCCAGAAAAGACAGAGAAGGCAUCACUGUUCUUUCAAGGCUAUUCUGCAAUAAUGAAUUGCUUUUAAUGGCUUUGUUUUGUCUAAGAGCUUCUUUGUGGGUCGUAGACAAACCAAGCUUGAACCGAACCAAGCAGGCAUGGAAGGUAGCUUGUUCUCAAAGUACAGGAGUAUUUUAGAAUAAUAGUCUGUUCUUUUCCCAAAAGAUUGGCUCUUUAAUAAGAAACUAGGGAGAUAUAAAUACCGUAUUUUUCGCUCUAUAAGACGCACUUUCCCCCUCCUAAAAAGUAAGGGGAAAUGUGUGUGCAUCUUAUGGAGCGAAUGCAGACUGCGCAGCUAUCACUGAAGCCAGAAGAGCAAGAGGGAUCGGUGCGCUCUCCUGGCUUCAGGGAUAGCCACGCAAAGCCUCUUGAGCGCAGCCGGAGCGCUCCUGCCUCUUCGCUCAAGAGGCUUUACGUUGCUUUCUUGUUUCUUGUUUUCCUCCUCUUAAAAACAAGGUGCGUCUUAUGGUCGGGUGUGUCUUAUGGAGCGAAAAAUAUGGUAAAUAACUUCUGGGAAGCUUAGAGGGUGAUGUCAUACAAAACACAGCAAAAUGGAACCAAAUUAUGAAUACAUAAUACUAGGCAGGUCUGAGAGGAAACAAGGAAAUGUGAAGUAACCUCAACCUUGUUCUUUUUCCUUUUCAAAUUAAAGUAUCUUCAAAGUUAUGUAUCAUUGGUAUCUUGCACUAGUUUGAACGUUGCAGUUAAGUAAAACAGGUUCUUCACUGUGUGUGUGUGGGAAGACUUUUAACUAGCUAGAAAAAUAUAAAUACACACAUGGGCCUUUUUUUUAACUGACUGGCUGGGGAAGAUCUUAUCUAUAACUUAAUUGGAUGAUAAAGGUAAAGGGACCCCUGACCAUAAGGUCCUGUCGUGGCUGACUCUGGGGUUGCGGCGCUCAUCUCGCUUUAUUGGCUGAGGGAGCCGGCGUGCAGCUUCUGGGUCAUGUGGCCAGCAUGACUAAGCCGCUUCUGGCAAACCAGAGCAGCGCAUGGAAACGCUGUUUACCUUCCCGCCGGAGCGGUACCUAUUUAUCUACUUGCACUUUGACGUGCUUUUGAACUGCUAGGAUGGCAGGAGCAGGGACUGAGCAACGGGAGCUCACCCCGUCAUGGGGAUUCGAACCGCCGACCUUCUGAUCGGCAAGUCCUAGGCUCUGUGGUUUAACCCACAGCGCCACCUGCGAUACUUUCUCUAAAUCAUUUAAUCUGCCUGUUAGAAUACUUCAGGAGCAAAUACCUCAAAUCCACAUACUGGAAUAAAUAUAUCACCAGCUAUAUAUAUGAAUAACAGAAGUACAGUUACUUUAGAAGAACUGCUAGGAAAAGUGUGAGACACAGACAGACUGUUAAAACUACCACAUUUUAUAUGACAACGAUUUGUUUAAUUUGUUUUCUUCUGCUAACUUUAUUGAUUCAAGUAGUUCAAGUGCUCAAAUUUAUUUGAACAGAGCAUUAUAAUGAGAUGUAAUCAGUAAAGCUGUUAUGAGCCUUAUAAGUAGUUCUCACAGGAGUUUUUAAAAUAUUAAGUGGUUUUUAAAUACCUUGAAAUGAAAUACUUAAAAACUAAACGAACAAGAUAUAGGACUUCCUUCCUUCCGCUUCUUCUCUGGGCACUUCCAGUUUGUCGUCAUUUUCAGGUGGAAUUCAGUCACAUACUGGCUAAUUCAGGUUGCACAAUUAUAUUGCACAACCUGCUUCCCCAAAAGAUCAGAUUUUUGUAUGAUAAAGAAAGUGUUCUGGAAAGUGGGGAAUAACAACUCUUACUUUGAUGCAACGUCAUCUAACUUCCACACGGUCAAAUAGGAGUGAGUGUUUAUCAAAUAGGCAACACUGUCUGAUCUCCCUGCAAACAAAUCAGGAUAAACGCAUGUGCCUUGUGUAACUCUACUAUAUUCUGUGAACCGCCCUGAGAUCUCAUGAUGAAGGGUGCUAUAUAAAUCUAAUAAAAUUAAAUAAAAUCUGCUUUGUCUUGAUGCCUUUUCUCAAAAUAAGUAGGUUGGGAGGUAUUUGAGUGCCCAGCCAUUUUAAAUAUGAAUAAGGGCUAUUUGAUGCUGGCUUUUGCGUUUCGCUUGCUCAGCAACCUUGAGAAAGUAUGGCUAGAAACCCAACUAUCUAAAGCGGAUUACAUGUGGGGUGGUGAUGGUGCUUCUCAUGGCUCUGGAUUUCUGCAGGGAAUGGAUAUUGCCGAUCAGAAGCUGCUGUAGUUGUUUUCCUGACCAAGAAGUCCCUAGCCAAACGGGUUUACGCUACCAUAGUCAAUGCUGGGUGUAAUACCGAUGGAUUUAAGGAGCAAGGUAAGAUUUCUUUAAAAUUAAUAUCUGGAGCUUGCGACAUUCUAAGAUGCAUCCUGGUAGACGAUGGAAUGUAACCCAGUGGAGUUGGGUUAGGAAUAGUCUCACCUUGUUCAGUUAGGGUGUUAACUGUUUUUUUUUUGCGAUUAGGAACAUAGGAAGCUGGCUUAUACAAAGUCAGACCAUUGGUCCAUGUAGCUCAGUACUGUCAACACUGGCCAGCAGCAGCUAUCUAGGGUUUCAGAAAGGGGUUUUCCCUAGAGAUGCCAGGAAUUGCAUGCGCUCUGCCACACAGUUCUUGCCCUUCUCUAGGAUCUGAUGGUGCAUCAUGGUACUUAUCUCCUCUUCCCCCUCCCCAACAAGCCGUUUUCCAUUUUUAAAAAAAACCCCAACAACAUCCUUUUUGAGAAGCAACAACAAAAGUUUGUGUAACUGCCCGGAUAUUCAGUUAAAAAUAUGGAAGGCUAGAUAGCGUGCCUGAAGUGUGGAGGGAAUGGCAAGGCUGAAGGCUGAACAGCGUUCAGUUUGCUGGCACGCAUAUCUGUCCAUUUCCUUGGGAAAGCCGGUCUUACUAUGUGGCCAAGGCACAUGCUGUGAGCUCACUUAUAAUACGUCCCUCUUCAUCCCAUGUGGGCUUCUGUAGCAGAGUGCUUCAGCUUAGACCCAAGCAAUCCAUUAAAGAGACAGCGUCUCUGACUUAAAGCUGAAUGAAUCCAUAUCCUUUGUUGUGAAAAAUGAAGGUGCGUCCCAGUGACUGGGUCUGCCUUUCCUUAAAUUUUGGAAUGCGGUAGAGUCAUGUGUCAUCUAGGGAGCACAUGGAAAGCACAGCUCUCUUGGGUGUUAGCGGUGAUGGGUGGGGAAGGUGCUUCUGAAAGUAGCCUUUGCAAUUUACAGUGUUGGAUGCUCAAUGUGAAAUUUGUGGCAUCCUCCUCAAAAUGCAUAGCAGCUAGGUGGUGCUUUGUUCAAAGCACCUUAGGAGAGCCUUAUUCCCUGAUCGAACUGAAAAACCUCCUGAAUCAAAGCUCACAGACAAGAGCAGUUAGCUGAGUGGGGUUCAGCCGCUAGAUUGGACAGGCAUAAGCCUGUUGUGCCCUCCUGAUGCCCUGCUUCACAAGUCUGGAAUGUGGGAUCAGAUUUGCAAAGCAGCGCGGGACUGGCAGGGGCAGUCUGAGAAGCAAAACAUGCCCUUGAAAAAACUGUGCCUGGUGAAAUGGUCUUCCUCGCCCCGCCCACUAGGCCUCUGACCACUUCAUUCAGCACAUGCUGCACUUAGAGGCAAAUUCUGCCAAAGCAAGAUUUAGUUCACAACAUAUGGAUAAUUUCCUUGUAUGAACCCAGGAAUUGACCAUUCUUUUUGCUUCAGGUGUAACGUUCCCCUCUGGAUGGAUGCAGCAGCAGUUGGUCAGUUCCCUGUACAGGGAGUCUGGGGUUAAGCCUGAGGAAGUGGAAUACAUAGAAGCUCAUGGCACAGGCACCAAGGUUUGCCCUCUCUCCAUGUCCCCUGUUCUGUCUCUCUUUUCUUUCAUUCAACGCUAGUUUCUUUUUAGUUCUAUAUUAUUGUAGUUUGUUUGGGAGCAAUUAGAUUUCCCAUUUGCCGCUUUGCUUUCAUGGACCGGCAGUUCCCAUUUGACGCUUUCACUGGAUAAAAUAGGUUACCUCCUCUCAUCUCCACUCACUCCAUGAUUCCUCUCAAUAUAUUUCAGAAACGUUGGGGUUUGCACCCUGGUUUCACAGCGUUAAAUUCCUCCAUGGGAACAUGUGUGGGGAGGCCAGGCCAAGACAUUUUGGCCCCUGAGGCAAACUCCAAAAUGGCGUUCACCCCUCUCAUUCCAGGGAAGAAGAGAUGGGUGAAGAUCUAAAUCAGAAACAAGGGUGGGGAGGAGACCAGCAGCACCUCCUGUUCACCAACAGGGGGUGGGGGCUGCCAAGGCGAUGGCAGAUCUGGACUCUAAUGAGAAAGCCUCAGCCAUUACUGCCACCGUAGCAGCAGCAGCGGGCAUUGUAUUCCUUUCCCCACACUCAGUUGUACACCUGCAUACACAGCUGUUCAGAAAAAAAUCUGACAGAGCUCACCAGACUUGAAAUCUAUCUAGUAGCUCCUCCUAACUUCCUGUCUUUCUCCGUUGCUAGGUUGGAGAUCCUCAGGAAGUGAACGGCAUCGUCAACGUCUUUUGCCAAUCAGAUCGACCACCACUGUUGGUUGGAUCAACUAAAUCUAACAUGGGUCACCCAGAACCUGCUUCUGGUCUUGCUGCUUUAGCAAAGGUAAAAAGAAAAGAGAAGUUGAUGUCUAUUCGUUAGUGUUGGGCAGGAGAGAGAGAGAGCUGUUGAAUAAAAAUCUGUUGGGAGACUUCAGAUUUAUCCGUUGUAAUUAGGGCAAAUCAUGUGGGGGAGGGGAAAGUAAGAAGGUCACUUGGCAUGGACCUCAAGUUCAGGGGGGGGGGGCUGGUCUCAGAUGUAGUUAAGUGUUAAUCUUUUGGCAUUAUCAAAUGCCAAGUUUCACAACUUGUUUUUAUGGGCAUCAGACCAAAAUGUGACACACAUUCUGAGUUGCAGAUUUAAGUAAAUAAGAGAUGUGAUUUGCUAAAAGAUCUUUUUGCUGCGUAACUGAUCUGGAUUUUGUCAUAUUAAAACCUUAAAAUGUCUGUAAAUAUUAAUAAAAAUAUUUUGGUUCUGAUUAGACCGCAACAAACAAGUCCUCUUAGAUCAGCUGGUUAUGUAAACAAACUACUCACUCUUUGGGGGAAGGUUUGGCUGCCUUAUUUUGUUUCUGUUUGUCAUUAUUUUUAAUAUUUAUGAUGGCUAGGGGCUUCAAAGGCUAGAAGUGAGCGGGCCUUGUUGUAACCCAGGCAUUCCCAAACUCGGCCCUCCAGAUGUUUUGGGGCUACAACUCCCAUCAUCCCUGACCACUGGUCCCAUUAGCUAGGGAUGAUGGGAGUUAUAGUCCCAAAACAGGGCCGAGUUUGGGGAUGCCUGUUGUAACCAAACCAAAGCACAGAGGUAGAGCUGCGCAACUUGGUCCCUUGGGAUGAAAGGAGAGUGAUGUCUUGAAGAGUCUUUCCUUGGCUUUGUAUGCUGUUUGUGGCUGUAGGGUUCAGUGCAGCUGGGACAGAUAUAGGAAGCAACAGCAGCAGUGAAGAUUUGUGACCUCAAGAACAUUUGCUUGCCUCAGCAAAUAAAUUGUCCAUUUUCUGUCAUAUUUAUUCAUCUGUCAAAGGAAAAUGUGCCUUGGUGGUGCAUUCAUUGCUAUGCAAAAUAAUGAUGGCACAAAUAGUGCAGUCCUCUGCAUAUCUGCUUGUGAGUUCCAUUGAGUACAUGGGGCUUAUUCCCAAUUAAGUGUGCAUAGCCAGUCUCUGAAGCCUAAAGCAUCGACUCAUUGCAGUGCAAAACCACAAUGGCUUUGUUUCACAGAAGCUCUGUGGAUUUUGUUUGCAGCAGCAGUUCUUUCAUAAUACACUUGCCCCGUGACACCCAUCAUUUCAGCAUCCCUGAUCAACACGUUUGCUUACACCAGUGUGUACAGUUCUGAGCCAGUCAGAAAGCACACAUUUUAAAAGGAAGAGGAACGGAACCCGUGAAAAGUGGGAAAGAAUAGCUGGAUGGUGAGAAGGCAAAAUGUGUGGAAUGGUCAGAGCAGAUAGGAUCAUAGCUCCAAUACCUCUAGUCGAUCAACUACAAUUAAUGUGUCACAGCGUAUAAUACAGCAAAAUUUAGGGAUUAGAUGAGUGGGAGCUACAAUUUGAGAAACAGGUUCUGGACAAGCAUUCUGACUUGCUUCAAGGCAUUUAUCAAGUUACUUCACCAUUCUGAGCCUUAAAUUCUCAGUAGAAGAUAAUUCUGACCUGCCAACUUCUGAAGAGUCUGAUAAUUAGAUAUGACACAAGAAAAGGUGCUAAGUGAGGAUACAUGUCCUGUUUCUAUAUUAGCAGAUUGAACUGCAAUGAUUAUCUUCUAAUGUGAAAUUUGAUUCCUGAGGAUCUGAGGUUUCUAUCCCAAACUAUGCAAAAUAUGCAUGACUGAAAAAUGUUCUUAGCCUGCACUGUUAUGUUCUCUAUUUCUCAGGUGGUUCUCUCUUUAGAGCAUGGUCUGUGGGCACCCAACAUUCACUACAACACCCCAAAUCCAGAUAUUCCUGCCUUACAAGAUGGUCGUAUACAAGUCGUUACUAAACCAACCCCCACAAAAGGUCACCUUUGUGGUAUCAAUUCCUUUGGCUUUGGAGGCUCAAAUGCCCAUGUCAUUCUGAGGCCCAACGAGAAGACAUCUUCCUCCCCGGAGACUCAUAAUUUGCCACGAUUGGUGCAGUUUUGUGGAAGGACUCAAGAAGCAGUAGAAACGUUAAUAGAACAGAGCAGAAAUCUGCAGCAACACACAGCACUUCUGAGCAUGCUCAAUGAUAUCUCUGGGAUACCAGUGUCAUCCAUGCCUUAUAGGGGCUACACCUUGAUUGGCAGCGAGAGCGAUGUGAAGGAGGUUCAGAAUGCUCAGUCCUCAGGGCGGCCCCUGUGGUACAUCUGCUCAGGUAAAUUGCAUACUAAUCACACAUGCACUCUCCUUUUGUUUGAGCCUAGAUUUCUAAUUUUGCAAAGUUUUAUGUCAUGCCAAAUAGCCUUAUGAUUUAUUUAAUACAGUCAUAAAGCUGAGUAGCUCACACCGAUUAUAGCAGGCACAGACACACACACAUAGAAAGAGAGAGAGAUUUAGGAAAGUGCCGCUGCUCAGUGGCAGAACAUCUGCUUCACAUGCAGAGGGUUCCAGGUUCAGAUCUCCAGCAUCUCCCUAGUAUGGCUGUGAAUGUUCCCUGUCUGAAGCCUUGUUGAUGUGGACAAUACUGAACUAGAUAGACCAAUGGCAGUAAAAGGCAGCUACGCACACCGGUCGUAUGAAAUGAUGCUUCUAGCUAGCUAGAAGCAGUGCUAUUUUUCUAGAAAAAGAAGUGCUAGGACUCACCAUGAACACUUCCAGUGAGCCAGUGUGGUGUAGUGGUUAAGAGCGGUGGACUCGUAAUCUGGUGAACUGGGUUCGCGUCCCCGCUCCUCCACAUGCAGCUGCUGGGUGACCUUGGGCCAGUCACACUUCUCUGAAGUCUCUCAGCCCCACUCACCUCACAGAGUGUUUGUUGUGGGGGAGGAAGGGAAAGGAGAUUGUGAGCCGCUUUGAGACUCCUUUGGGUAGUGAUAACGCGGGAUAUCAAAUCCAAACUCUUCUUCUUCUUCUUCCCUUCUUCCGUUGUUCUCUUAUAAUGGCAAUGGUGCCCACCUGAGAGGUGCUGGAACUGAGUUCCAGCUGAAGAAAAAAGCCCUGGCUUGAAGGGUUUCAUAUCUUUUACAUCUGAAGCACCACUCUCAAUGUCAAAAUAAAAUGUCACAUCCUCGUACUCUUCACAUACCCAGCAGCGCUAAAAGGUACUCCUCUGCUUGUUCCAUCCCAUAGGCAUGGGCACCCAGUGGAAAGGAAUGGGGCUUAGCCUGAUGCAGCUUGAUCUCUUCCGGCAAUCCAUCUUGCGUUCAGAUGAGGCUCUGAAAGACACGGGCCUGAAGGUGUCCGAUCUACUCCAGAGCACGGAUGAGAACACUUUUAACGACACUGUCAAUGCUUUCGUUGGACUUGCUGCUAUUCAGGUAAGAAGGAAGGUCUCCCCCUUUGCUUUGUGCCUCCCAUGAAAAGGGACUCUUCUGAUGGCUCACUGUUUUCCUCAUCAGUUCUAGUGAUGUACAUCAUGUAGACAGUCAUCUUUGCAACCCACCUUUCAGCCCGGGAUCACUGGCAACUGGCUCCAGUUUCCAUGCGAAAGGCUUUGCUUUUAUUCUGGCACUGUGUAGAGGAAGCAAAAUGGAAAGAGGAGCAUUUCUGAGCACUCCCAUUUCACCUUCUGAGCUGUCCUGUCCUUAGCCCUUUUAAGGUGGCCGUGUGCGGAUGUGAGCCUUUACAACACCUCCAUGCUGAUUGCUUAUACCUGCAUAGGCAUACCAUCUGCUGCCAUUAUUCUGCAGGUUGGCACAUAGAGACAAAAGUUUUGAUGUUAGCUCAGAGUCUUGCUCUUUGUUGUUGCUCAAGAGCAGCAAGUUCUGCUAAGUGGGUGUCCGGAUUUGAGUGUGACAAUAGGGGGAUGUUUCUGUUGAGUACAUUUAGUGAUGGGAUCUUUGUGUACACGUAACAGCACUUUCCUAAAGAGCUAGGGAAAACAACAGAUGCCUUUUUGACAGCAGGCAUUCAAUAAGCCGGAUGGGAGGAGGAAAAAUCACUAGAUGUGAUUUUUUUAAAAAUAAAGAAAUGCGAGUUAAGGGUCAAUGCUAUUAGGCAUUUCCUGUUUCCAGGGAACAAUGUUUUGUAGUGAGUAGAGUAUUAGAUUUGGGCCUGGAAUCCUUACCCAGCCAUGAAGCCCACUGGGUGAUGUUGGGCCACUCAUUCUCCCUCGGCCUAAGCAGGUUGUUGUGAGGAUAAAAUGGUAAGGGGGAGAAACACUAUAGGCCUCUAGAGCUCCUUGGAGGAAAGGUGGGGUAUAAAUGUAAUAAUUAACAAAUAAAAGAUUCAUGUAUCAUGUGGCAAACUCCCCAAGGUAAGAUUGCAUAUGCUGUUCUACAUUUUGAGCCUGCUUGGCUCCCGCUAAGGAGGAAGCAGAGGGCAGCAUGAGGGCAAAGAGGAGGUGAAUGAGCAGUGUGUGUGGGCCUACUAGGAGAUGCAACAGAAUGUGACUGUGGAUUGCAUAAAGCAACUGAUAAGCAAGAUUUCCGCAAGUGUAGGAAUAGGAUAAGUUAUUCAGCAGACCCAUAAGCAUUGUGCUGUUGUGGAAUGAAGAAGGCAGUAGAGGAGGAGUUAAAAGGAAUUUUGUAUGGCUAUGGCACUGAGGGGCUUCUAGCACAUGGUAAAAACUCCCCUCAUUUCCCAGGAUUUCAAAGGCCAUUUUUAGAGUCAUUUUUUUCAGCCUGUCAUCUUCCUCUCCCCCCAUUUAUGUGUUUUAAAAUUUAUUGUCCUUUUUUACUGUUGCUUUUAAUUGUAUUGGAUGAGUUCUGCAAAUCACAUUGCUUGUUUUUAUGUAAAACCACUUUGAGACCACUUUGACUGAUAGAAAGCGGCAUGCGAAGUGAUUUCAGCUCUUUUUGUAUUUGUCUAGCAGGUUUUCUGCAGUAGCAGAAAGCCGUAAAAAAAAAAAAAAAAAAAAAGCGGCAUGCGAGAACUCCACACAAAGGCAUAAAUAAAAGACUGUGACCCAUUUUCUAAUCCCCAGAUUGCACAGAUCGAUCUUUUAAAGGCCAUGGGUUUGCAGCCUGACGGAAUUGUUGGUCACUCAGUUGGGGAGCUAGCCUGUGGCUACGCAGAUAACUCCUUAAGUCACGAAGAGGCUGUUCUUGCUGCCUAUUGGAGGGGCCGGUGCAUCAAAGAGGCCAAGCUCCCACCAGGAGGCAUGGCUGCUGUUGGUAGGUAACUAGAUGUGCUCUAUUAUUUGUCAGGUGAUCUAUUUUAAUCUUACCUUCACUUCACAGAACUGUUCUCAUCUAGUUGCCUUAAUGCAGUAUGGGGCAGGUUUAAAGAGGCAGGAUUUAUUUACCCUGGGCAAUAUUUGAUAAAAUUCAGAAAAAUAUCAGAGUUUUUACGGAUUGAGGUUUCGUUGCUGUUACAUGCCGUUAAUCGGCCUCCAUUCUGUAGACCGGUUUUGUGAUGCUUAAAACCAAGCAAGCAUUCAUAAGAGCAUAUAUAAUAUGUCUGGCAAUUGGUUAUGUACAACUGGUUGAUUAUAAGUCACUUGGCUUAUAAGGAGUCAGACAAUUGUUCCAUCUACCUUAGUAAUGUCUAUAUGGACUGGCAGAAAAUCUCCAAGGGUUCAGAUAUGUACUGAAGUUCUCACCCUGGGCCAGCAGGGGGAUACUGUAGAUAGUUCAGGUCUACAUAUGCAAAUAAGGGAUUGAAAGUGACGUUCAGUGAUUGGAUAGUUACAGAAAGUUGUUACAAUUAAGUUGUUCUGGAGCUCUAUAUAAGCAGGCUGGCUGAAUCCUUCAGUUCAGUUCUGUUCUGGCCUGUGAAUAAACAAGAGCUGUUUGAAGAAUCGCUGUGCCGUCUGAUAUGUUCACACACAACUUAACAGACAGGGUUCUCUCUCAUCCCUACCUGGUGAUGUCUUUGAUCUUCUGGAAUCUUCUGCAUGCAAAACAGCUGCCCUACUUCUGAGCUACUGCCAGCCCCAAAAGUCCUUUCUUUUCAGAUUGGUACCUACACCUACUUACAUAGUUUCUUUAGGAUUAGCAAGGUGCUGUUGGUAUUGCACAUUGUAAAAUCAGAUAAGAGCAUUUUUUUACACAGGAAAUUCAAGCGUCACAAAAUUGUCUCGUGACAAUUCAUCUUCUUUAUACUAUCUAAAUAGUAGAAAAUAACUAUAAACUAUCCUAAUGCAUAGUACAAGGUAGUAUUACGACUCUCUAGUAAAGCUACAUUUCAACAGAAUACCCUAUGGAACAUUUCCUUUAUAAAGUAUUUAUUUUAAAAUGGGUAAGAGAUAAAAUUGGUAAGAGAUUGUUAUGAGGGCGAUUGAGAGACAGGAUUAUAUUAAAUCUGCUAUAGUUUAGGAAGCUCCUUAGCAAGAUCUCAUUGAAGCCUGUACUCAAAAGGUUUUAUAAAAAGGACAACUUAUGUGCAUCAAUCAGACCAUAAUCUGCAUGGGUAGCCAAAAUGAUUCCUGCCUGAUGUUGCUGGACUACAGCUCCUAUCAGCCUUACCCAUUAGGAUAGUGGUAGCUCCAUCACUAAGGAAUUAGUGAGGUUCUACUGGGUAAGUGUUGAUGCCUAAGCCUCAGAGGCUCAGUUACAGAUAAAUAUUGUUACAUAUACAGACAGCAGUGAUUGCUAGGUUGGUCAGUUUAUGAGCCCUUGAGGGGAUGCAGCAGGUUUUUAUACUGAUAUUGCACAUUGGUUUCAGUUUGCUUUGUGUAGCUUUGGAAAUGUAUUACCGUAUUUUUCGCUCCAUAGGACGCACUUUUUCCCCUCCAAAAAUGAAGGGGAAAUGUGUGUGCGUCCUAUGGAGCGAAUGCAGGCUUUCGCUGAAGCCUGGAGAGCGAGAGGCAUCGGUGCGCACCGACCCCUCUCACUCUCCAGGCUUCAGGAAGCUAUCCGCAAGCCUUGCAAGCCCGGUGGGAGUUCCCGCGGGCUCACAAGGCUUGCAGGCAGCAGCCUGCAGCCCCGGCGAGUGUCCGCAAGCCUUGCGCGCCCGGCAGGAGGUCCCGCCGGCGCGCGAGGCUUGGGGCAGCAGCCUGUCGCCCGAGCACGGGGAGCCCUCCGGAGGGCUCCCGUGCUUCGGGAGUGUCUGCAAGCCUUGCGCGCCCAGCAGGAGGUCCCGCCGGCGCGCGCGAGGCUUCGGGCGGCAGCUGUCGCCCGAGCACGGGAGCCCUCCGGAGGGCUCCCGUGCUCGGGCGAGUGUCUGCAAGCCUUGCGCGCCCGGCAGGAGGUCCCGCCGAGCGCGCGAGGCUUGGGGCGGUAGCCUGCAGCCCGAAGCACGCGAGGCUUGGGGCGGCAGCCGCGGCGGGGGGGGGGGGGGGAUAAUUUUUUUUAUUCAUUCCCCCCCCCAAAAAACGAGGUGCGUCCUAUGGGCCGGUGCGCCCUAUAGAACGAAAAAUACGGUAACUGCAAGGGGGAAAGGUUUGUGACUGGACCUCCCACUGCUGUGGGUACAACCCAACAUAUGGUUGGUUUGAUCUUUUGCUAGAUUAGCUUGAUUUCUAAGCAUCUAACCUCUGAGUAUUAUUGUGCUUUAUGUAGCUGUAAUUCUGUGCACGUUUAGUUAUGACUCAGUACUUCUGAGUGAACAUGCAUAGCAUUGCACUGCACACCUACUUGUUUAUGGAUUAGGAUGUGAGAUUUGGGCAACAUUCAAUCUAGCUGUCUGAAGAAACAUCCUUUCAUAAGAACCUAUGUGUGUGUUGAGAUCAGCAGCUGAUUCUGUCGUUGGUUGUUCCACAACUAAGUUAAAUCUAGUAUGUGGCAACCAGGGAGAGGACUUGUUUUGUGGUGGCACCCCAACUAUGGUAUUAAUCCGUCCCUUGUGAAAUAGGAUUGGUGCCAACAUUUAGGAGUUUCUGGCACUUACUGAAAACCCAUCAAUUCAAGCAGGUCUUUAUAGGGGGUGGGGUGGGUUAGCUGCCUGUUGUUGUUAUUGUUGUUAUUUUUAAACCAUACUGGUACUGGUGUUUCUGCUGUAGUUUUUACUAUAUAUUUUAUCUGUUAUGUUUUAUAAUUGUAGUUAUUGGUUUUAAUUUAUACUAUUGUACCCUGCCAUGGUGCCACAUUGCAAUGAAAGGCAGGCUGUAAAUAUUUUAAAUAAUAUAAAAUAUCAUUCCUGGUCCUCAUAAUUCCUCUAAUGUGAUGAGGGAUUCAGUUCACACUUACAGAUGAACUUACCUCAGUCACAAUUUCUAAAACCAUUUCUGAACCAAAACGUAGCCUUCCUUUGAAACUCACACUUUUCUUAAAUUUGCAAUGCAGUUCUCCAGGUGUGUAAUGUGUUUUUAAAAAUAUUUAUACUAGGGUUAAGUGAGCAUAUAGAUGCAUAUAACAUAUUUGGGGGAAUUGCUUUGCGGGGGAAUAAAAAAAUUUAAAGAAAAAAAUAACACUAAAAUACUGAUGAAUUUUCAUAAGGACUUUUAAAAAAAAUCAAACUGAACUGGAGAAUCAAAUUUAUGAUUGGAAAAACGAGAAACUAAGAGAGUCUAAAACUGAUAUAUUUGCCCAUCCCUAAGCAUUAUGCAGCUGAAAUGGUUGUAAGGAAUGUGUUCUAGAAUGUCCAUUCUAGUUCUAGCCAGGGAAUAAGACACUAGGAAAUUGGGAGUUGUUUGGCCUCACUUGCUCUUAGGGAAAACUUUCUUCAUGACUACUCCUAAGAGGGCUGAACUCAUCCAAAGCAAUCUGUCUUUUACAGGUCUGACGUGGGAGGAGUGUAAACGUAAGUGCCCUGCCGGAGUGGUCCCUGCCUGUCACAACUCUGAAGACACUGUCACUGUUUCAGGGCCUCAGGUAAGAACUUAGUAUGAACCAAUACUUAAAUUGCUACAUGUUUAGGAUAUCGAGUGACAUGUCCUCAUCACUGGAAUUUUUCCCCGGGCCAAACAUCAGAAGGUCAGGAAGAGGCACCUGAUUAAAUACUGUCAAACUGAAUUGAGAGUGAAAGCAAACUCACCAGAGGAAAUGCUAUCACUUGCAUCUGAAAAUGAAGGCUAGCAAUAAAGUUAAUGCUAGCAGCCUGAAUCUAAAGAUUUGGCUGGUAAAUCCCAGUCAGAAUGCAAAACUCACCUCCUUCCAGCUGCAGUCCAUUUCUUGUGCUCGAGGCUCCACAGUGUUCAGGGGAAUUUGGGUUUAUAUAAUGGAUAUUAUUGCAUAUACACUUAGGAAUGUCGGAUAAGCCAUGUGCGAGCGAAUUAUGGAGAAUGAUGGUUGCUUGACAGACAGAGGCUUAUUACAGUGUACCAGGCCCUUGUAACACCCGUUCGGUGCUAUUUUUUUCUCGCUUUCCUAAGGACUCUGUGGCCAAAUUUGUAGCCAAGCUGAAAGCAGAAGGUGUAUUUGCGAAAGAGGUGCUCAGCGCAGGAGUUGCUUUCCACUCGUACUAUAUGGCGUCCAUCGCACCAGUGCUGCUUAGUGCCCUGAAGAAGGUAAUUCUCCUAAAUAGCUUCUCACUGGGGCGGAAAGGUUGCACAUGCAUUGUAUGGUGUGAUUCUUUUUUGCUUAAGUCUCCUGUCUCAUUUUUCUCAUUUUCUUUAUUUCUAGGUUAUUCCCAAUCCAAAGCCUCGUUCCUCCCGCUGGAUCAGCACUUCCAUCCCUGAAUCUCAGUGGCAAAGCGAUCUGGCUCAGAACUCUUCUGCUGAGUACCAUGUGAAUAACCUUGUCAGCCCAGUCUUGUUCCAGGAAGGCCUGAGACAUAUUCCAGAAGAUUCUGUGGUCGUGGAGAUUGCCCCACAUGCCCUUCUGCAGGUAUUACCCUUGGGGUUCACUCAUGGCCUGAAGCUGGUGAGGCAUGGGGACAAGAUUCUCCUUUUUCUAGUGACCACAAUGGUUUCCACUCUGGUUCCCACCACCUUCCCUCAUCAGUUAUCCUAAAUUUCCAUGCAGCUUUCCCUCAAGAACCUAGUAAUUUAAGUGUAUUCAUUCACUGCUGUGUAUACGCCAGAAACCAAGAAGAAAACAGAAUCCGGCAAAUAGAUGAAUAUAAUGUGUGAGAAGAAAAUGGCAGGGAGGAUAAAUGAAAUAACAUCUUGGGUUGUGAUCUUAACAUUUGUUAUCAUUACCAUUAAGAUUUCUUAGUCACUUAUUACCAAGGUAUCCAAGCAACUUACAUUGAAAGACGUAAGCAAUGAAUUUUUGACAAAAUUAGAGGUAUUUUCUGUCUUCUUGCAGGAAGUGAAAGAAUUGGUGACAACAGAUAGGGUCUUUUUUGUUAUUGUUCCUCAGGUGUAGGACUCCUUCCCAAAAGAGACCCGUGUGGGCCUUCUGUCAAGACCCACCCUACUGUUAGGCACAGUUAGGUGGCAACCUCAGGCAACAGAAUUUGGGUGUUCAUGAAAGGGCAAAAUGUCUUUGUCGCUUAGUUUGUUCUUCUUGUAUUUUUACUGCCAGGGAGGGGAAGAUGUCUUCUUUUGGUGUUCAGUUGCCAAAAUAACUUGACUGGCCUUCAGUACUGUACACCUUGACUUGUGGCUGUUUGCUGCUCCACCUUGGACAAUAAAAUGUUGUGAGCCUUUCUCACCUACGUUAUAGUCUUAAAGCGCCAGGUAAAGGCUGUCCUAUUUACCUGAGCUUAGCAUAGCUGUUACAGUAGUUCUUCUGGUUCAUUGGUAACUUGUGUUUUUUGAUACGAUGUCAGAGAAGAAUUCUCCUUUGGUAGUUUUGUUUUCUUUUAAAUAAGGGAUAGCAGGGAUUUUAGUCCUGCAACAUCUGCAGGGCCACAGGUUCCUCCUCCCUGCUUUUGCACAAGGAGUAGCAGUUUGUUACUGAAUAGAGAUGUUGGCAUUGAUUUGCCCAGUACCUCUGUCUGAAAACAGCACAAGGCAGCUAUAUAGAAUUUCAUAAGAGCCUACUCCCAGCAUUGCAUCAAGAGCUGCCCAUGUUGCUGUGGAAGGGCUGGGCUGUAGUCACUCCUUCCAUUUCCUUGGGGCCACUGGAGAAAAGAUGGGUAGCAAGUGUCUAUCAUUGUGGUCCUUCUAAAUACAUCCCUCCCACCAGAGUCAUCCCUAGGCUAUUUUAUUUGUCUUCUGAUUGAGAUCCUUCUAGUGAAGGGAGACUGCUAAUGGAGGGAUUUUAUUGGAAUAUGAGUUCAGCAAUGAGGCUCACUCCCAUGUAACUGAGCUUAUAAAUGGCAGGCUUGGAGCGCAAUCCUAAGCCUUUUUUCUUGGACAUUAGUUCUGCUGUCACCAAUAGAACUAAAUCCCAUGUAAACGUAGUUUGGAUCAAGGCACAAGUCUUAUUUUGUGGCAGGAUUGAAAAGGAAAAAAGUGUCUUGGCAAAAUGUAUUUGUUUGGGAUGCCUCUUAAGGUUCCUUGAAGCCAUAGCUCAUUUAUGGCGAAGAUUCAGUGUACUAAUGUAAAUGCAAAGGUUUGGUUUGUGUAACCUAAAAUUAUGCAACAGUUAUUAAGCUCUGUUGCUCUCUUGGCUGUUUUGCAUAUAACUUCUUUUCCAGUUUUUCUAGUCUAGUCUGUGGUUUUCUACUAUGGAUUCACAGUGUAAAGCACAGCCUGUAAAACUAUGCAUGUAUACCAGUAGUGUUUGCUGGAGUCUAGUGUUGUUGUUUUUUUAAAAAAUGAUUUGUGUUUUACUUUCACUGAGUGCUGGGUGUCUGUAGAUUUUUCCAGGAAAUGCCUAGGAUUCCAAGUUCCUUGAGCCAAUUCUGUUCACGGGAUACUGUUGCUGGUUAAAAUGAGGUGGAAGGGAGAGGAUUUCCAUUGAUUCCUUGUUCCCCCUAUAUUCCUCCAAAAACUGUUUUGGAACAGCGUGGGUGGUGGUGCCAAGGGCUGUAAUUAGCAAAAAUCACCACAUUCAGCAGGAACCUCCAUUGGAGAAGUCCCUUCCAUUUGUAGAAGGCAGAAUAUUAUUGUUAUAUAAAAUGGUAUUUCCUUCUGGGGUUGCCAACAUUUUUCUCUUGUAGAGCCAGAAAAAACAUUUGACCACCUUGGCUAAUGGUCUGUUUUAGAAGAAGGAAGCCAGUGAUUUCUUUGCUUUACUGAUAACAUUUUGAACUCCACCUGUCUAGGCAAUUCUGAGAAGAGCUUUGAAGCCAACCUGCACCAUUUUACCCUUGAUGAAGAAAGAACAUAAAAACAACCUGGAAUUCUUCCUGACACAUAUUGGAAAAAUCCACCUUACAGGGUAAGGAGAUGAGUGAAAGCUAAUGAGAAACAUAGGGCAAUAUCCAGCUCUGCAGCUCUUCUUGCACAGCAGACUUCUGUGAGCCCAAUGGAAACUUCCUGUUCCCUCCAGCCCUUUGCACACCCUCAAACUCAAAUCCAGACAAGGGUUGGAAGAGAGAUGAAGAGCCAAUGAAAUUCCCAUUGUGCAAGUGGAAGUCAUUUUUGGAAUAGAUUGAAUUAUACCAUUAGUAGUUCCCCCCUCCCCAGCUAUGUUGCUACCUUAAAGCAGGAUUGAAUGUCAUGGGGAGAAGUGCUGCAGGGCCAUUUAUGACACGAGCAUAGUAGCAAAAUGGAUAGGGGUUGCUUUCAUUCAGGUGAAUUGGAAACCUAGUGUAUUUGUUUCAAAAGCUUUGUGUAGGAUCCAGCUUUUAUAGCGACAUCAAUCUCUGUGUCUCUGAAACCAGAACUUCCAUUGAUGCCUGAGUUCCUUGCCAUGUUCCAAAAGGCUGUUUUGCCGUUUGAAGAGAAGGGAGAAAAUAUUGCACAUUUUUAGAAGAAACCAGGACCACGGAAAAUAGUGGUUGGGGGUCCUUAGUCCCAUGUUGGCUCCUAGCUAUUGGUUUGCCUUCCAUUUGCUACUGUUACUAUACCUUCUUACUGUUGCAUGCAACUUCACAAAUCCAAUGUUUAUGUGUGUUCUUAGAAUCAAUGUCCUUGCGAACAAUCUGUUUCCACCUGCUGAAUAUCCUGCACCUUUGGGGACUCCCCUUAUCUCCCCUUACAUUCUCUGGGACCACAGUCAGACAUGGGAUAUCCCAAAAGCUGAAGACUUCCCAACGGGCGCUGGUGGUUCUGGAUCAGCAACAGUCUACAAUAUUGGUGUGUACCAGCUACUUCGUUCUCCAAAAGCAGAUCAUCUUAAAAUGCUCAAAAUGGCAUUUUCAGAAUUUAUCUCUAGGGGAAAUGUUUGAACCAUCAUACACCUUGUAUCACUUUGGGACACAGGGAUGGGCAGAGGUGCAAAUUUUAAUAAAAUAUUGAGGGGGGAGGGAGUAAGCCCCACCCUGCAUAAUCGCUAACAUUUGAAUGUUGAUGCCCAUCAACUGGGGUGGGUGGCCCCCUCAAAUAUUUUAUUUGGGGGGCCAAAGGAACCUCAACCCCUAGGAGCUGGCUCCUAUGGGGAUGGGGGACCGGUGGCCCUCCAUACAUUGCUGUGCUCCUAGAUCUAUCAACCCCUGCCAAUAUGACCAAUGGGUAAGGGAUGGUGGAAAUUGUAGUAAAACAAGCUCCUAAAGGAUGCCCUUGCUUUAGCAGAAUAAAAUUGAUGAUGGGAAACUAGGGAAUGGGGGAAAGAGCUGCUUUCUUUUAGAUGUUUGCAGCACUGAAACUUAUAUAGUGGUGGUGGGGGAAGUGGGAACAUUUGUGCUUGUAUUUUGGCAACCUGUGGGGAACAGCUUUGGAGUCUUCUUGGGCUAGAGAUGUAGGUUUGAAAAAUAUGCUUUGUUCAUUUUUUUUUUUAAUCAUCAUUGACAGAUGUGAAUCCUGAAUCACCUGAUAAUUAUUUGGUGGGUCACUGCAUUGAUGGCAGGGUUCUGUACCCAGCCACUGGCUACUUGGUGUUGGCCUGGCGCACUCUGGCAAGAUCUCUAGGGACCUCCAUGGAAGAAAUACCUGUCAUGUUUGAAGAUGUUACAAUCCACCAGGCAACAAUACUACCUAAGAAAGGUGAGGCUAGUCAAAAUCUCUGCAGCUUAGGCAAUUAACAUAGUCUGGCGAACCAUGUUUCUGCAGGCUAUGUUUAAACUCUAAUAUCCUGACAAUUUCUGCCUACCUUGCAGGUGCAACACAGCUAGAGGUGAGACUCAUGCCAGCUUCUCAACGUUUUGAAGUGUCUGGGAAUGGGAAUCUGGCUGUGAGUGGUAAGUAAUUGCUCCUACUACAAGUACUCUGAAGAAAUCAAAGGGGUGUUGGCCUCGCCAUUCACUUGCCCUUUCUUCUACAUACUGUGUCUCCUAGGAAAAAUCUGCCCUUUGGAAGAAACGGCUCUGAAUAACUUUCGCAACCAGCAAAUUGAUUUGGCGAUCCAGCCAAACACAUGCCCAGAUGUCCGUUUAACCAAGGGAGACAUUUACAAAGAGCUUCGUCUGCGGGGUUAUGAUUACGGGCCAACAUUCCAGGGACUCUUGGAAUCUAGUAGUAAUGGUAAGACCAUGUACCUUAACUGAAAGAUAGGGCUAAGGAUUAUUACUAUUCAUUUUGAAUGUAAGAAGGCCUUUGUUGAAUCAUAGCAAUGGCUCCUCUAGUUCAGGAUGAUGAUGUGGGGUGUUUUUUUCGUUUGUUAUUAUGGUAUGUAUUUUUGUGUUUUCAUAUUGUAAAGUGCCCUGUGAUCUUUGGAUGAAGGGCAGUAUAGAAAUUUUAUAACUAAAUAGAUAAUAAAAGAAUACUUGUGAUUCUAACUAGUGUAGUUAGAACAUAGCCAUUGUAGCUAAUGGCCAUUGAUAGCCUUGUCUACCCUUCCAUUUUUUGGAAGCUUCUUCAUCUCAGUGACUGAUGAUGAAACAAAAGUCAAUUAUAAUUCAUAAAUGUUGAUAUCAGGUGUUCACAAUUAGGCAAGCUUUUGAGAAACUGGAGAUCCGUCUAGGCAUUGCUUCCCCUUAGCUAGGUUGGAAAGCACAAGGACUUUGGGGGCAUAGCCAGUACACCUGAUACAGAAAACAGAGAUGUGAAUAGUUUCUCACUUUGUGCUGCCAUUGUCAUGCCAGUGGCUGUUGUGUGCUAAUUAGAUUGCUUCUUGUCCCCAGGGAAUGUUGGGAAGGUGUUGUGGAGCGGGAAUUGGGUGACAUUCCUUGACACCCUGCUGCAUUUGAUCAUCUUGGGGGAAACAGGAAGAAGCCUGCGCUUGCCAACCAGAAUCCGCUCUGUUUGCAUUGAUCCAAAGUUACACCAAGAACGUGCACAGAAAUACAACGAUGAGAUUGAAGGUAAUGGGCAGUCCCAUUUUUUUAAAAGAUAGGGGCUCCUUUAUGGACAACAAUAUUCAAAAGUAUUUGUGCCGACUUAAAGCAGUAAGAUGGAAGGGACGCAGGUGGCACUGUGGGUUAAACCACAGAGCCUAGGACUUGCCGAUCAGAAGGUCGGCGGUUCGAAUCCCCGCAACGUGGUGAGCUCCCGUUGCUCGGUCCCUGCUCCUGCCCGCCUAGCAGUUUGAAAGCACGUCAAAGUGCAAGUAGAUAAAUAGGUACCACUCCAGCGGGAAGGUAAACGGCGUUUCCGUGCGCUGCUCUGGUUCGCCAGAAGCGGCUUAGUCAUGCUGGCCACAUGACCCGGAAGCUGUAUGCUGGCUCCCUCGGCAAAUAAAGCAAGAUGAGCGCCGCAACCCCAGAGUCGGCCACGACUGGACCUAAUGGUCAGGGGUCCCUUUACCUUUACCUUAAAGCAGUAAGAUAGAUUUAUGGGAGUCAUAAAGCUGUUAGCAGCUGGAUUUUCUCUUAGACAAAAUUCUGAAAGAUUCUUCUCCCUCUGACUGCACUGCAUUUUCACGGCUUUUCCAAUGCUUUCUGCUGACUCUUGCCUUGCCUUGUAGCUUUUGAUGCUGUUGUGGACCGCUGCUUUGACACCAUCACAGCAGGAGCUGUCCAGAUCGCUGGUCUUCACGCUAGUGUGGCUCCUCGGCGCCAGCAGGAGCAGACCCCUCCCACACUUGAGAAGUUUUGCUUUGUGCCGUAUGUGGAGAAUGGCUGCUUGUCCUCCAAUGCCCAGCUUCACUCCAGCUUUGACCAUUGCAAAGGUAAGAAAAUUCUUAUUUCACUAUGCUUUCUGAUGCGUCCGGUAUGAAGUAGACACCCCUCCUCUUUUGGCAAGGAGGUAUGGAGAAGCCCCUUAGGAAACGACCUUUAGGUCCGGGUAGGCAUAUGUGGAAGUCAAAUGCAUCCUGUGAACAAAUAUUAGCAAAGUCAAAAGCACCAGCAACAUACAUAAUUUUGUUUUCAUAUUCCUUCUCUCCUCUACAGAGUUGAUCCAGAAAUUACAGAAGAAGAUAGCAAAGCAUGGAGUCAAGUUGGCUAUUCCAGGGCUAGAGAAUAUAAAGACGUCUGCACAGACGGAACCUGAGCAGAAGGGCCUUCUGCACAUCCUUGCUGAGAUCUGUCGCCUGGAACUGAACGGAAACCUCUACUCAGAGCUGGAACAGGUUGUGACUCGAGAGAAGCUGCAUCUUCAAGAAGACCCCCUCCUCAAUGGCUUGCUGGAUUUUGCUGAGCUGAAGACCUGUGUGGACGUGGCACUGGAGAACAUCACCAGCCGCAAGAUGAAGAUAGUCGAGGUGAGCUGGGGUGCAGCUCUGCAGAGAGGCAAAACUUUUCUCCGUGAGUGUGCUUUCUCCAUGUGUUAAUGACACACAGUGCUUUUCAUUAAUGGCUACUCCUUUUGUUUACAGGCCCUGGCAGGAGACGGGCACUUAUACUCGCGCGUCACAAGCAUCUUGAACACUCAGCCCAUGCUUCAACUGAACUACACUGCCACUGACAAAACCCCAGGAAUAUUGGCAUCCAGUGAGAGCCGUUUGCAAGAACUUGGUGUUUCUACUGAGCAGUGGGACCCUGCAAGCCCUCCUUCUGGAAAUCUAGCAAAUGCUGAUCUCCUCGUGUGCAACUGUGCACUGAACCCUUUCAGGAAUCCAGCAGAGGUGCUCUCCAACAUGGCGGCCACAGUGAAGGAUGGUGGUUUUGUCUUACUGCACACUCUUCUGAAGGGAGAAACUCUGGGAGAAAUUGUCAGCUUCCUCACAUCUCCCGAGCUGAAGGAGAAACCUGGUCUCUUGACUCAGGUAAUUUUAUAAGCCCUUGUUAUUUCUCUUCAGUUGGCUGUAGAUCAUGCUUGCUCAGAGCAAUGAGUUUGGAGUGGUGUUUCAUUUUUCAUUUUCCUUUUAAAAGGAUAACUAUUCAUUAAAAAAAUAAUCCAGAAAUAAUCCGUAGUUUUAGGCAGAUUUAGAACUCUCCUCUGUUGUUUAGAUUAUUGGUUCCUAUUCUUAGGGAUUGAAAAGGCAUACUAAUCGUAUGGUAUGAACUGGUAUCAAGUAUUUUGUUUUGGGGGAGGGGGCAUUUUUAUGAUUAGAAAAGAAAAUGAAUCAGUAGAGGAUUCUUGCCUUGGAAAAACAGUAAAUUAUUUUGUUGUUCUACUUAGGGACAAUCACAAUGUAUUUACAGUAACUAAGACUGCAAUCCAAACUCCAAAUCCAGCGGUUCAUAUUGCAGAGGACUGUCUCUCUGCUCAGCCCAAAAGAAUUCCACCUACCUAUCCCCUCAGAGAUGCCAGGGUCACUCCUCUGGCAUGGAACUCCCUGUUCUGCCUGCUGAAAGUGCAGGCAGGUGGAGGUACCGUUUCUGGGAUUCCCACUGGCAAUAGCUUGCAGAAAUCCCCAAAACGGAAUUCUGUGGGUGGAAAGGGGGAGCAGCUGAGCCGUCCCAGGGUUCACUGGAUCAUGAGCUGGCCCCACUUGUCAUCCCCAGACUGGCAUAGAACAGAGCGUGGUUUUGCCUGUGGCAGUGGUUACCCUGAUCUGCCACACUGCAGUGCUACCCAGCUGGGGUUAGGAUUGCUCAGUAUACAACCAGCCAUAUAACUGCCUACCUUAGUGAUUCUCAGAAGCAACAAUUCCCAUCGAUGUACAUGACUGGGGUGUAACAGACACUCACCAGACCUCUUUAAAAAAUGCAGUGCUACAACAACAAGGAGAGGUAAUCUCAGAAGCUGAAAUGUAGCCAGGUUGCUAAGCGUAACGGCAUUUGGCAAAUAAAAUGGAAAUUUAGGCUGCAAUCCUUUACACACUUACCUGGGAGUAAGACCAACGCAAGUCAGUGGUGCUUACUUCUGAGCAAACAUUCAUAGGAUUGCAUUGUUAGGACUGCAGGUAUCUGGUUUAUAAAUACACUUCCCAAACAAAAAUAUUAACAUUCUGUAUGUGUUUCAAUAUAUGAUCAAUAUUGUAUCUAUCUAUCUAUAUAUCUAUCUAUCAUCUAUCUAUCAUCUGCUGCAUGCAGCCCCAUGGAGGUCAAUAAUUUUUCACCAAUGCAAAGAGCAGAUCAAAAAGGCAAGAACAGCAGUUAAAAUCAGCUCUCAACAAUAGUGUGGUGAUUUCCAAAAUCUUUGUUUUGUGAAGCCAGCAAUUGAGACAACCGUUUGUUCAAGAAUCAUUUGCUUGGUCCCAUCUUAUACAUUUAAAAUUUAUUGUCUUGGCAGGUAGAAUGGGAGGACUUACUUAGCAAGGCUGGUCUGAAUUUGGUAGCUGUAAAAAGAUCCUCCUUUGGCGCAACCAUCUUUUUAUGCCGUCGGCCAGUUCCUGCAAAGGAGCCUGUUUUCCUGCCGGUGGAUGAGACUCACUACAAAUGGGUGGAACCUUUGAAGGUAACAGUUUUCGAUAUGGGAAAUAGCUGCUUUCCAUUCUUGUUCCCAGGCCUUUCAUCUACUUCUCAAUGAAGUUAUUGGCUUUUUAAAAAGUGCACUCUCUCAGUUCGAGUGAAAGAGAGAGCUGCUUUUUUUCGUUCUGGAAAUCCUUCUUUUCUGUGUUAACUAAUCAGCUUGCCUGGGAUCUCUCCUGCAGGAAAUGCUAGCAGAACCUUCUGAACAUCCCGUGUGGCUAACGGCUACCAGCUGUGGUACUUCAGGAAUUGUUGGCAUGGUGAAUUGCCUGCGCCAAGAGCCCGGGGGCAACAGGAUCAGGUACCAAAAUUCAGCAUCCAGUGACAGCAUUCAAUUUCUGUCGCUACUUAUGAACAUCUGAUAGAAAUGUACGUGAACUAACACAUAGAUUAAGUGUGUGCUUUACUUCCUAGGUGCCUUUUUGUUUCCAACCUGGACGCUUCUUCUCCUAAACCCUCCACCACCCCUUCUACCAAGCAGAUGCAAACGAUUCUGCAGAAUGAUCUGGUGAUGAAUGUUUAUCGUGAUGGAAAGUGGGGCUCUUUCAGACAUCUCCAGCUAAAACAAGGUGAUUCUUAUUGUCAGCGAGCUUGUAGCAAUACAGUGGUACCUCGGGUUACAUACGCUUCAGGUUACAUACGCUUCAGGUUACAGACUCCGCUAACCCAGAAAUAGUACCUCGGGUUAAGUACUUUGCUUCAAGAUGAGAACAGAAAUCGUGCUCCGGCGGCGCGACAGCAGCAGGAGGCCCCAUUAGCUAAAGUGGUGCUUCUGGUUAAGAACAGUUUCAGGUUAAGUACGGACCUCUGGAACGAAUUAAAUACUUAACUUGAGGUACCACUGUAUUUAUUUCCCCAACACCAUAGGUAGCCAACACGGUGCCUUCCAGAUGUUGUUGGACUGCAACUUCCAUCAGCCUGAGCCAAAGCGGCUGAUGGCCAGGAAUGAUGGGAGCUGCAGUCUUCCAGUCUGGAGAUCACCAUGCUUGCUACUCCUGCCAUAAGGUCUGGAAAACAAAAAGUAAGAAGAUACUCCUUGGCCCAGUCUCUUUCCUCAAUAAUUGUUCUUCUGGGACAUGAUCAUCCUGAUUCUGUGAAAUAACACAUGCCCUCUUGAACAUUUGGCAUCUGUUCAGCAAAUGGUAUGAGUUCUUUUCCAACUGUGAUUACAGCACAUGGCCGAUGACACGUGACGCUAUUGUUAAAACAUCUGCACUGACUGCCCAUCUACUACCAAACCAGGUUCAAGGUCCUUGUAUUAAUUUACAAAGCCCUGAACAAUUUAGGCUGGGAGUACCUUGGGGACUGCGUAAAUCCUUAUAUACCAGCUUAGUCACUGAGAUCAUCUGUAGGAGUGUAAUUAAUUGUCUCCUGCAUAUUUGACACCAACACAAAGUAGAGCUUUUAGUGUCAUAGGUUCAGUUCUGUUGAAAGCUCUGCCAGCAGAGAUUCAGCGGGCACCUUCUUUUUCAACCUUUAAAUGUCUGCUGAAAACUUUUCUAUGCCACCAGGCUUGUGCCGGCAAUUAAAAAUACGCCUUUCCAUAAUGGUUAGUGGGUGGUCUCUGAUAUUAAAUGUUUGUGUGUUUGUCUUAUAUGUAGAUAUUGUAAGCCGCUUUGAUAUUUUUCAUGAUAUAGUGGUAUAUAAAGAUUAUUACAAAUUAACAAGCAAACGCACUUUUAUUUGUAACAAUGGAAGAAUGCUGACUGCUCUGUCUCCUGUUCUGCCACAGCUCAACCUCAAGAGCUGACUGAAUAUGCAUUUGUGAAUGUAUUGACGCGUGGAGAUCUUUCCUCGCUCCGUUGGAUCGCUUCUCCGCUUCGCCACUUCCACACAACCAAUCCCAAUGUCCAGCUCUGCAAAGUCUAUUAUGCAUCUCUCAAUUUCCGUGACAUUAUGUUGGCUACAGGAAAACUCUCCCCAGAUGCCAUUCCAGGUGAGCUGGGUGGGAUUUUUCUUUCAAGAGAGACCUCGCGAUAUUUUGACAUUGUGAGUGACACACGGUCUGUAAGCCAUUUUGGGGGCUUCAUGCAAGUGUGUUAUCAAAAAAUAAGGGGCACCAUGUCUAACACCAGGCAUAAAUACACGGGGGAGGGCUCAGAGUUCCGCGGUCAUGAUUUGCAUGCAGAAAGUCUGGGGUUCAAUCCCCCAGCUUCUUCGCCCAGUUAAAGAAUCUCAAGUAGCGGUUGUUAGGAAAAAGCUUCUGCCUAAGACAAAGAGCAUUCCCAGUUAUACUCAGUACAGGGCUAAAUGGUCCGAUGGCCUGACUUAAAGCAGAGUCACAUAGCAAACAUCUCCUGAUACUGAUUUCCCUGUGCACAUUGAACUCCUGUGCCCUAGGCCAAAUGGCCUUUCCUCACUUCAAUUGUGUUUUUGUCAUUCAUAGCACUGGAUUAACUCUCUUGCCUCACUUAGUAUAAUUAAUUUAAUGCAACACCUAAGGAAAGCUCCUUGAGCAAUAUAUAUAUAUAUAUAUAUAUAUGCAGAGCUUAUUUAUAUUAGCAAGUUCUUAUUCUUGCUUUUUGAGGGACGUGGGUGGCACUGUGGGUUAAACCACAGAGCCUAGGACUUGCCGAUUGGAAGGUCGGCGGUUCGAAUCCCCGUGACGGGGUGAACUCCCGUUGCUCGGUCCCAGCUCCUGCCAACCUAGCAGUUCAAUAGCACGUCAAAGUGCAAGUAGAUAAAUAGGUACCGCUCCGGCGAGAAGGUAAACGGCAUUUCCGUGCGCUGCUCUGGUUCGCCAGAAGCAGCUUAGUCAUGCUGGCCACAUGACCCUGAAGCUGUACGCCGGCUCCCUUGGCCAAUAAAACAAGAUGAGCACCACAACCCCAGAGUCGGCCACGACUGGACCUAAUGGUCAGGGGUCCCUUUACCUAUUCUUGCUUUUGAGAGUAAAUCAAGAAAUGUAACAUCAUUGGUUACUGAUUUGGAGAGGGAAGGGGCAAAGAUGUUAAAAGCAUCUGGUUGCUGCCACGUUCCAAACUUUUAGACAUCAGAUGUUACCUUUUCCCACGCGUUACACUUUAUUGGAGUAGCUUCAUGGGAUCAUUCCAUUCUUUUUCAGGAAACUGGACAUUGCAGCAAUGCAUGUUGGGAAUGGAAUUCUCAGGACUUGACCCUGCAGGGAAAAAAGUGAUGGGAUUGCUACCAGCUAAAGGACUGGCUACAGUGGUCGACUCUGACAAGAGGUUUCUGUGGGAGGUUCCACAAAACUGGUAGGCUACUUUACAUUUUCUUUCUUGUGGGGGCUAGGUUACAUACACUCUGUCUGAUCUGAAGACCUUUUAAAAGCAAAUUGGGAUUUGAUGUAAAUAAUGCAUUGUUAGCAACAGAACUAUCUUGUGGCGGUUGGGUUUUUUUCAGUAGUAUAACUGUUUUGAAUUCAUUGGCUAGUACUCUAUGACAGAGAUGCUGUUGGACUCCAACUCCCAUUAGUCCCAGCCAACAUAACCCAGUGGUCAAGGAUGAUGCAAAAUAUAGUGCAUCUUCCCCAUUUAUUCCCUAGGAUCUUGCGUGUUCACCAUCCCUCUUCCCUCUGUAAAAAAGAGUUGCGAGAGAUGAUAACUGGCUCAGAAAAUAUCUGUUGAUACCUGAGAAAGGCCUCUUUCCUUUUCUUCAGGACUCUAGAAGAGGCAGCCUCUGUUCCUGUGGUAUAUGCUACUGCUUACUAUUCCUUGGUGGUUCGGGGCGGCAUGAAAAAGGGCGAGACUGUGCUCAUUCAUUCUGGCUCAGGUGGUGUGGGCCAAGCAGCCAUUGCUAUUGCCCUCAGCAUGGGCUGCCGUGUCUUUACUACUGUGGGUAAGUAGAGACACUCUUUUUCUAGUCACCCUAUUGUCCUUGUUUUGUGCCCUUACUGAUCAUUCUGACACUCAAUUGGAACGAGGCAUUCAUGUUCGGAGGUAGUUUAUUUUUUAUUUUUUGAAGCAGUAUUUUAAGAGUGUAUGCAUCACAAGUAUGCCUAUGUUUUAUUCCACAGAGAUAAACAUGGAGGGAGUGAUUAAGAAAAUUUUUCCUGGUUAUUUCAUUCUUUUUUGUGGGGGGCAGUGAAUUCUUGAAUCUCUUCAGGAAGCAUUAAACAAUCAGCUCAAUUCCUCUUUAGUGUUGGCCUCUACAGAAGAAAGUUGCCUGCAAGGGACUGGAGCUUACUAAAACAAAAUGCUUAUUGUCUGAUUUCAGGCUCUAAAGAGAAACGUGAAUAUCUCCAAAAAAGAUUCCCACAACUUGAUGCGAAUAGCUUUGCCAGCUCUAGAAAUACCUCAUUCGAGCAACAUGUCCUGAAAACCACCAAUGGUAGAGGUAAUAAAGCCUUUUCCAGGGCUUAAGAUUUAAUUAGAAGUUGGGUGUGUGUCCAUAAAUGUGGAUUGCUUAGUAGGAAAACAGGGCAUCAUGAAUCCUGUGCAGUGCUGGAAUGUUAUAUUGUUCCUAUUUGCAGGUGUCGACUUGGUAUUGAACUCCUUAUCAGAAGAGAAGCUUCAGGCCAGUCUGCGUUGCCUUGCUCAACAUGGACGCUUCUUGGAAAUAGGCAAAUAUGACCUGUCCAACAACACACCGCUUGGUAAGAUUUCACUCAGAUUUUUAUUUUUAUUUUAUGAGUAUGGUCAUUCAGAGAAACAAAACCACGCUACUCUUCAGUGGCCCCCAAACCACUUCCUGAGCUAGCUUUCUCCCUAAACAUCUUGCUCCUAGCAUCAUAAUAACAUGAUGCUUGUCUCUAAUACAUUUUGCAAUGAAUCUGUGUGGGUGGUGUUUCUGUGGAACUGGCCUCUCUUAAGCCUUGCUCAUGUAAUCCAGGAGUUAUUACUCUCAAAAAUAGCAGUUUCGUUUCAAAGGCUUCUGUUUCUGCCUGUGCCACUGGUAUGUGAAUUGCUUUUAAUAUUCAAAGGGAAUUUGCUGGUUGUGAAGACCAUAAUAGAGUGUAAAGCCCAUAAACCUGUGUUGCUCCCCGUAGGCAUGGCCCUUUUCUUGAAGAACGUGGCUUUCCAUGGGAUCCUUUUAGAUGCCAUUUUUGAGGAGGGAAACCAAGACUGGGAAAUAGUGUCUGACUUGCUGACGAAGGGCAUAAGAGACGGUGUGGUGAAACCUCUACGGACCACUGCCUUCAACAGAGAAGAGGUAGAAGCUGCCUUCAGAUACAUGGCACAAGGAAAACACAUUGGAAAAGUUGUGAUCAAGGUAUGGUUGGUAGAUCUAAAGACUGCAUUUGUGACCCAAGUGUGUGCAAACUGUGCUGAUCAGCUAUGAGUGGUGAUAGUAAGGCCUAGGAGUGAGAGAGGGAAAUUCACUGAGAGGUGGCAUUAACACUAUUUAUUAUUAUUUUUUAUUAAAUUUGUAUACCACCCUAUAUCCACAGGUCUCAGGGUGGUUACAACAUAAAAUCAAAAUAUAAAGACACAAAAUACAUAACAACAACAACCACCCAGUAACACACACACCCCUCCUCCCCAGCAUAUUUUAAAAAGGGCAUUGUAUGUUAAUCAGCCAAAGGCCUGGUUAAAGAGGGAGUGUUUUUGCCUGGCGCCUAAAGGUGUUUAAUGAAGGCCUUUUUUCACAGGUUUUUAAACAACUAGUAUUUUUUAUUUACUACAUUUAAACCCCACUUUUCCACUUUUUCUGGAGGCAGCUAACAAUUUUUUAAAAUCCACAGAAAUAGCCAAACGAGAUAACAAAAGUUUGUGUUAAAACUCCAGAGAGAAAUAAGAUUUUUAAAAAGACAUGUAAAUGAAAUUUAAAAUGCAGAUUAAAACACAGAGCAGUUGAGAACAAAUUGGCUCAGAAGGCCAAAGGCCCGUUUAAAUGAAGAAUCUUUUUCCUGCCAGUGGAAGGUCAUUAACUAGUGAGCUGGCUGAGCCUUACUACCAGGGCACCUCAAAAGUGUGGAUUAAGUUUAUUCUGAUUUAGCUGGAGCUGCAUCUGUUGGCGCCUUUACUGACGAUAUAUGGGAAUCAGUAUAGGACCCACUGUGGGAAAUGUGAGAGCAGUUCUAACCCCAACACUUUUAAGAGGGAUUGUUGUUCUCACUGAAACUCAGUGCUUUUUUUUCUAAAGAAAAUGUUUAGGGUUAUUCUCAUUUUCCUACUCAUAUUGAAAUACUGGCCCUCAAUGAGGCCAAACUUAGAUUCACAAAAUAUUUAGGAGUAUGCAUACCCGUGCGUCCACCUAGGGGGGAAAAAGCACUGCUGAAACUUAACAUGAUAUGGGGAGGGGACAGAAAUCUGAGGAUGUCCCUGCUUUUCACUAGACAGAGCUAUUCAGCCCUUGCCUUUUCCCACCUUCAGCUUGGCCCAAAGGGGAUUGCAUGUCUAGGUAAACCAGGGGUCAGCAAACCUUUUCAGCAGGGGGCUGGUCCACUGUCCCUCAGACCUUGUGGGGGGCCAGACUAUAUUUUGAAAAAAAUAUGAACGAAUUCCUAUGCCCCACAAAUAACCCAGAGGUGCAUUUUAAAUAAAAGGACACAUUCUACUCAUGUAAAAACACGCUGAUUCCUGGACCGUCCGCGGGCCAGAUUUAGAAGGCGAUUGGGCUGGAUCCGGCCCCCAGGCCUUAGUUUGCCUACUCAUGAGCUAAAGCAUUUAGCACCUGCUUCCACUUUAUUUAUCAUUUGCUUCUUGCAUGGGAUAUCCUUUGCCAGCAGAGCAUAAACCAAGGCUAUAAAAACAGAGAGCAUGCUUCAGUUUUUCUGUAGAUUAUUGUUUUUGAUGAACUGUCUGUGCUACCAUUUGCAGGUCCACGAAGAAGAGAAAUGUUCCACAAAGGAAGCUAAGCAAACCCAGCUCUCUGCCAUAUCCAGGACUUCUUGCCCACCAAAUAAGACGUACAUUAUCACAGGAGGCCUUGGGGGAUUUGGGCUGGAGUUGGCUCAGUGGCUGAUUGAAAGAGGAGCAAAGAAGCUUGUGCUAACAUCUCGUUCCGGCAUCCGAACUGGUGAGUUGAUAAUCAAAAGCAUUUGAAAGGAAAGAUUUGAGUUUGCGAGCAGUAGUCAAGAAAUUGGGUCAGUUCAUGAUGUUGAAGAACAAUGGUUGCAGGCUUUUUUUUAUUAAAAAGGUGGGGAAAUUAUGUGGGGUGAGGUUGGGGAGACAACCUGAAAUGGAGUUGUGAAGCAUCUAGGUUUGGCAUAAGAAAUUCACAAUAUAUAUAGGAGCAAAGGCACUUGUUCAUCUUUAAACAAAAGACAACGAUUAAUCCCAUUAUUAAGAAAGAAGGGGAAAAUACUGACCAGAAAGUGAAGCAAUGCGAGACUUCUGAGAAGAAUAAUUGCAAUGAGAAGUAUAUCCAGUGCCCAGUGAUUCUCAUUUCUAGAUUUUCACGAUUUGCAGGUUAUCAGGCUAAGCGUGUCCAAGAAUGGAAACAGCUGGGUGUCCAAGUUCUCGUGUCAACCAGUGAUGUCGGGACUCUUGAAGGGGCACAACACUUAAUACAAGAAGCUUCUCAGCUUGGACCAGUUGGGGGCAUCUUCAACUUGGCUAUGGUGAGUGGCUCAAGAUCAACAUGGCUGUGAUAGCUUCUUAUCUGCUGUUUGCUUUGGCUGGGCCGCGUUAACAGGCAACAAUUCUGAUUAGCUUUCUUCUGCAGUGUGUUCUGGAAAGAUCUAGACUCUAGAACAACCUUCCUGGUGGUCUCCAGAUAUCAUUGGACUCCAGCUCCCAUUAAGCCCAGCCAGCAUAGCCUGUGGUUAGGGCUGUUAUAGUCUAAAACAUCUGAAGGGCACCAGGUUGGGGAAGGCUGGUCACGAAGACAGAAAACUAUCGCUCCAUUGCUCCACGCUUGUUGUCGUUUAGUCAAAAGAGGAAAGUCAUACUGAGGUUCUAGGGUUAUGCUUAAGAUAUAGGAGAAGCAGCAGCCACCAAAUGGAAUGUUACCCUUCAUUUUGUAGUCAGCAGAAAAACUUGAAGGGCAGGGGUGAGGUUUCCUAGUAAAUUUGAGGGGGGGCAUGUUCUAUUAGUUGUUAAUGUUGUACAUGUGUAAAAGAAGCAAUGCAUGAGGAGAACUUAUCUGACCCUCAUCAGGAAGAAUCACUAAUUUAUAUUUCAAAAAUAUCUUAGCUAGAUUUCUUAGGACCAAACUAGACUUGACUUUAAAUGUAUGCUUGUAUUUUUAAAAAAUAUAAAUAAAGAGCACACACUGGAGGGCAAAUAUUGUGUGAGAGUUUAACCAUACCAUCCCUAGCUUCAGAACUACUAAUUAUCAUUCCCCUCCUUCUGCAACAGCUACCAUUUGCGUUUUUAGACAUGCAAUUUAAAUUUACAACAGUACAUCCAGGAUGGCCCUUUGUCCAGAAAUUGCUAUUCUGUUUCCAUAUUUGUUUUGAAAAGGGAAGCGUGAUUUGUAUCUUGACUCGACUGAGUGGGGGACAAAUGUGAAAAACACUAAUUCCUGGUUUCCUAUAGGUCUUGAAAGAUGCUAUGCUGGAAAAUCAGACACCAGAACUUUUCCAGGAAGUCAACAAACCCAAAUAUUCAGGGACACUUAACCUGGACCAGUAAGUAGCAUGUGAAGACUGAAUAUGAACAACUGUUCUACUUGAUGAUACUUAAGAUGAGGGAGAGAGGAAUCUUCAUGAAAAUGAGUAACAAAUCAUCUUCCCUGUGAUGUUUCCCCCCCCUAGAGUAACCCGUCAAAAGUGCCCAGAGCUGGACCAUUUUGUCGUUUUCUCUUCGGUAAGCUGUGGAAGAGGAAAUGCCGGGCAGAGCAAUUAUGGUUUUGCCAACUCCACCAUGGAGCGCAUCUGUGAACAGAGACGGCAUGAUGGGCUUCCAGGUAACAGCACAGUCCCUCCAGCCCCGAGGAAUUUCUUUUUGAAAGUAAAAGGCAAAAAACCAUUUUCACAGAACUAGGCAUAUGCCACCUGAUGCCUUUUGUGCACCACCAAGUUUGUUUCUGUCUGCUUGCUCUAUUUUGUUUUGGCAUAUGCUCUAUAAACACCACCAUGCGUUCUGUCUUCUUUUCCAGCCCUGGCAGUACAGUGGGGCGCUAUUGGUGACGUGGGUGUCGUCUUGGAGACAAUGGGCACCAAUGAUACUGUGGUUGGAGGGACUCUGCCACAGAGGCUCAGCUCAUGCUUGGAAGUUCUGGAUCACUUCCUCAACCAGCCUCAGCCUGUCAUGUCCAGUUUCGUCCUGGCAGAAAAAGUGUUGGCAAAAAGUGAUGGGGCCAGCCAGAAAGACCUCGUGGAUGCUGUUGCUCACAUUCUCGGUAAAUAUCACUCUGGAUAUGGGCGGCAAUUCUGUGAUGUUGUCUUCGUUGAAAAUCUCCAGUGGUUAGCAUAAAACAGCUAUCCUGGUGUGAAAUGAAUUAACAGCAUGAGCUAGCUAUGGUGCUUGUAAUGAAUCUGCCCAGGAAAUUUGCUACACUGUGUAGCUGGCAGGAUUUUUACAGUAUUUUAUUAUAGUUCAUGGUAGGGCUGCCAUAUGUCCGUGUUUUCCCUGACAUACCCUGGAUUUGUCUAUCGGAAAUUACAGGAAAUCACGAAAAUGUCCAAGAAAACACGGAUGUGUGGCAACCCAUGUAGGAACUAUCAAUUUUUUUGGGAUAACUUCAACAACUUUGCCAAAAAAGCUGAACGGCUUUUGUGUCCGAAUUUCCACUUUCUGGAAUAUGGCAACUCUAGGUUCACGGCCACAGUUUUAUAAUGGUGGCCCCAUACACCCUUUGUGUAGAUAUGCAGGAAUUGUGUGUGUGAGAGAGAGAGGGAGGGGGGGGCACACCAAAACAGCAGAAGCAUCAGUUAAGGCCUUUUCUUCCCCUCAGAGCUGCUGAAAUAGUUGCAAGAGUACGAACCAUUUUGAAAUCUGAUUAACAUGCAGAUUAAAAGUUGCCCUCUUUACAACUCCUGUGGUUUAUUUAUAUCCACUGUUUCUCACACAAUCCAUUGCUGUUACUUCAGGAUUGUAUUGUGCUACUUGCACUGCAUCAUCUCUCCUCCCCUGAUUAUUGCCUGCUAUGCUUUUUCAUACUUUUUCAUCAGCCCUAUUGUUCCCUGGGGAUGAUUUCACAGAACUGGGUUGCUCUUGAAAAGUUGUGCCAUGCGUAGGCUUUCGUAGGGGGAAAACAGUGUGUUGCAAGUGGAUGCAAGGAAGAUUAGGUGUGGGAGGGAAAAUGGCCAGAGGUUUGCACAGGAGUGGGUUUUAAAGGUGUGGACCUGUCACCUCCCUCAUUUUUGAAACUUGGAAGAGAGAGAGAACAUGACAGAGAACAAAGUGGGACAAGGCACAGACUCAGGAGAGCAUAAGUGAGACAAUUAUAGAGUGGGGACCAGAAUAUGGAAACGCUUAUCAGGAACUUACAUGUGAAAAAAGGGACGCGGGUGGCGCUGUGGGUUAAACCACAGAGCCUAGGACUUGCCAAUCAGAAGGUCGGCGGUUCAAAUCCCCGCAACGGGGUGAGCUCCCAUUGCUCGGUCCCUGCUCCUACCAACCUAGCAGUUCAAAAGCACGUCAAAGUGCAAGUAGAUAAAUAGGUACCGCUCCAGCGGGAAGGUAAAUGGUGUUUCCGUGCGCUGCUCUGGUUCGCCAGAAGCGGCUUAGUCAUGCUGGCCACAUGACCCGGAAGCUGCACGCUGGCUCCCUCGGCCAAUAAAGCGAGAUGAGCGCUGCAACUCCAGAGUUGGCCAUGACAGGACCUAAUGGUCACGGGUCCCUUUACCUUUACCUUUACCUUUACAUGUGAAGAAAAAGGAAUAGUUUCCAGUUCAAUUUCCAGUGUUAAGGCUGUCAAUGCCACUGUUUAUGUGACCUCAUCCAUGUUCAAGAGGGUAGCCUCAACAGGCUUGGGGAACCCCAAGAUUUGCAGAAGUACAAAAAAUAUUUGCAGGGGAGGAGGGCUUCUAACGUGUAACCUAAUGAGGACGAAGUGGCCAAGGGAUACCGACUGAUUGUAGGAGAGGAAUUGUGGAAAACAGGGAGGUGGGCUGGAACAAAGCGCCUGCUCCACCCAGCAGUAUUCUGUUGCUGGUCACAUUUGUAAGAGCAAUCAUAUCACCUGCCAAUUCAGCAUAUUCAAGCAUGUUAAACUGCCACUCUUCCUUAGUGGGCACCCUACUCGAGCUCCACCUUUGUGCCAAUAAGAUUCUAGCCACAGUGGUGGCAUAUAAUAAUAAAUUCUCUUUUUGGGGGAGGGUGAGGACUUCUGUUGUUACCAUUCCCAAGAGGCUUUUUUCGGAAUUUUCUUUUUUAAUUCAUUGUAAAUUACUUCCCAGAAUUCCCAGAUCACUUUACAGGACCACCACACGUGGAAAAAAGGUCCCUCUACAUUUCCAACAUUUUCCUUUUUCCCUUUUUCUUUAUUUCUUUAAUUGUCCAUUAAGAACUGUUAGGAAUAGAAUGUUUAUUUUUCUUCCAUAGUGGUAAUUUUUCUUCAGUGACAAUGUUUGUUUUUUGGCCAUAAAAAAUGUUACUUGACAAAACCUUUAAAAAGUAAACAAAUAAAACCGGACAACUAAAUAUCUUAGCACAGUUAAAAAAUAGCAACAACUUUCCCCCCAAAAUAGUUAUUCUCUCAUUUCUCCUUCUUCCACACCCCUUAUAUAAAGGACAUUAUUGCACCUUAUCAGAACUACCUUUUUUCCUUUUUAAACAUUUUUGCUAGUUUGGCAAGUCUUAAGUACCUUCUGUGGGUCAUUUUCAUCAUAUUUUCUUUUAAUGCUUAACAUGCCGUAAAAUUCAUAUUUACCGUCCAUAAAUUCUCCCAUAGUUCAUAAUUAAUAUUAUGACCCACAUCCUGGGCCCACUAAAUCAUACUUGAUUUCACAAAUUCCUCUUUUGUUUACCACUUUAGCAGCAGUUUGUACAUUUUUGAUAAUACUUUUACUUUUGUAUCUGAUAAAUCCUUAAAUAGGGAUUUUUGUUCUGCAAAUCCGAUUUUUUAACAACCUAUUCUUGUCACAUCAUGCACGGCUUACACAAGACAGUGGGUUAUUAUGAGGAAGCAUUUACAACCCUCCUGUUUUGCCCCACUUUCUCUACAUGCAACUGUCUCUUCCACUAUGCUCCAAUCCUUUCUUUGAAAUAAAGACCUCCUCCCAGUGACGGAGAAAGUGGGAGCGGCACACCCCAUAUGUCAUAACUGGGGUGUGUGUGACAAAAUCCCCCCUGGGUGGAUCGCCGCUGCACUGAUAGGGACGGGGUGCGUCGCGGGGCCUCAGCAGCGGACAGGCUGUCCCUAUGGGCACCGCGUGUGCCCUCCCUAUGGGCGCCGCUUGUCCCGCCGUUUGCCCCGCCCCUGGGCGCGCCACCCCAGGUGCCCGUGAGGCUUCCUCCACCGCUGCCUCCUCCCCCCGCUUCUCUUGUCCAAAGUCUUACAUCUUUUCGGUUCCAUCUGACUAACUAUUCAGAAUACUGCCCACUUCCUCCUACCCUCUUUCAACACUGGCUGCGUUUGCACAUAAUGCUAAACGAAAUUCAGACAAACCGCCAUUAACCUUAACCGUGCUUUCAUGAAAAGGUGCUGAGUCAUUUAAAUGUUGGGAGAUGAAAUCAGCCGGCUUCAAAAUGUUAUAUAUGAAAGUGGCUGAUUUUCAACAAACCGUAGUUAAUAUUAACUGCAGUUUCAAGUUCAGAUCUAUUGCUAACUGUAGUUAAUCUAAAACAGAAGUGGAACUUCCAGCCUUGUAGUCAUGCCAAGAGAGGGUGGUUUAAACUUUGCAAUUAAAGAAUAUUCUGCUCACCAAAGUGGCCAGCAGACUUCAAACACUGAUUUCUAAACCACUGGAACAUAAGAUUUCAAGAUAAUGCUCAGCCAUUUGUAUAUUUCACUUACAUAAAUACUGGCUAUAUAGUGUGGGAGUGUUAUACAACAAAUACAGAUUCUCUCCCUCUGCUUUGACCUAAUGUUAUUGUUCACUUUUUCAUAUUAUAUUCUAAAUAAUUUGUAUAUAACAAAUUAUGUAGUGUGAAUUAUUCUUUUUACCAUAGGCGUAUUGAAUAUAGCCUUUAAUGUAUGUUGAUUGUUUCUAAUUUAGAAAAACACUGGUCGAAUGUUCUGAUGAUCAUUUGUUUAUUCUUAUCAUCAUUUGAUGAUCUCAUUCUAAAAUUGCUAGUUUGCUCACUUUCCCUCUGUCAACACCAUCAUUAUCAUUCCUUCCUAACACACCAGUAAUGUGGACAUAUAUUUGAGCUCAUACUUUCUCUUGCAUUGCACAAAUCAUUUCCCAAUAUUUAAAUGACUCGAAACCUUCUGGAUCUGCUUAUUUUCUUCUUAGAUAACGUAGUAAAGGCCUCAUUACAUCCUACUUUAAUUUCCCAAAAUAUUCUUCUUCCAUAUCUGCAAUACAACCAUUUAUUCCCUGUAGUGAAUGCAAAAUAUACUCCUUAUAGUUUUCUAGUUUUAUACUGCUGCUUAAAUAACUUGUGUAUCCAACAUCAGGCAUACUCAGUGUAGUACCAUUAAAACUAAUGGAUGUGACUGACUUAGGUCCACUAUUUUCAGUGACUCUGAGUAGAAAUGUUGGCUACCUUUUGCCACCAGUUUUAAAAGGCAAGCAUUUAAAAACCAGCAUCUGUCCCUUUCUCCUUUGGUGACAUCCUGCUCCUCUGUCUAUGCCAGGCAUGGCCAAACCUGGCCCUCCAAAUGUUUUGGAACUACAAUUCCCAUCAUCCCUGACCAUUGGUCAUGUUAGCUAGGGAUUAUGAGAGUUGUAGUCCCAAAACAUCUGGAGGGCCAAGUUUGGCCAUGCCUGGUCUAUGCCCAUGCGGUCACAAACUUAGCCACAGGAACUCGACUCAUACACAAGGCAAGAGUGCUCUGUGAAUACUUCAGGAUGAAUUCAGCAGACAUUUAUUAAUUUAGCUCCCGUAACAUUCAUCCGUGUUCCCCGUCAUUUAUAUUUCAGCCUCCUUGGGGCAAAGAGCAUCUACCAGUUUGUAAAGCUACCAUUGCUUUAAAGUUUAAACAAAUAUAUCAGAUAAAACAUUGAGGAAGAGUUUGGGAACUUAGCUGAAGGUGUUGAUCUAAUUAUUAUACAGUUUGAAAUAGUGCAUCAAAUGUGGUUAAUGAAAGGGAGGAAAUCAUAUAAAACUGAAUGCCAUGAGAACACAGUGUGGUAUCUGAAUGGAAAAAUACAUGGCCCUCUCUUUGCUGACCUGUUAUAGGAUCUUAAAGACUUAUUUAUUCCAGUCAGCAUUUUGUUAAUUUUAGGUUACUGUUUUAUCUGCUACUACUAUCUUGUUUACUAUUUUAAUGAUUAAUGUACUGAAAAUUUGGUUUUUCUUUUCUUUUUUACUGCUCGCUUAUUUACUUAUGUAUUUUAAAGUGUAGCAAUCAUCUUGGUGAGGGGUUUUAUGCUAGAGUGGUGAGGGUUUUUACGCUAGAGUGGGCUAAAAACCAUAGCUGUCAACUUUUUCCUUUUCUUGCGAGGAAUCCUAUUCGGAAUAAGGGAAUUUCCCUUUAAAAAAAAGGGAAACGUUGACAGCUAUGCUAAAAACCCAUUUAAAUAAAUACAUAGCAAUGUUGUGUCAGCGAGGAAAAGAGAUCUGUGAAGAAAUUAUUGACAGUUUGGAGGGGCUUGAGCAGCAAUAAAAAAAAAUAAUACUUGUAUUUCUUUCUCAUAGGUGUCCGUGACGUAAGCAGCCUAAAUGCUGACACCUCCCUGGCUGAUCUGGGCCUGGAUUCUUUGAUGGGUGUAGAAGUGCGGCAAACCCUGGAGAGGGACUAUGACAUUGUCAUGUCAAUGAGAGAUGUCAGGUUGCUUACCAUUAACAAACUACGAGAAUUUUCUUCAAAACCAGGGAACACAGACAGUAAGUAUGUCUGGUGGGUUAAAAUCUGCCCUACUUUGGGUUUGUGACACUUAAGGAAGGGGUGAUGUAGGUAGGAGCUCCCUACCUACCCAGAGAAAGGGUUUUCUAGUUUCCAGGGCCAGCCUUGACAUGACAUGGGUGAGCCACGAUUCAGAGCUCCCAAAGCAGCUAAAUGGGACUGCCACUUGGAUUGGGCCUAAGGAGUCUUUCACCAUUUCCUCUUAUGCUGUUUGCCCAAUCAAUACCCACCCAAAAACUGCUACUAGCUACCUGGGAGCAGGGAAGAUAGAUGCAAUAACACCAGUGUGGUGUAGCGGUUAAGAGCGGUAGUCUCGUCAUCUGGUGAACCAGGUUUGCGUCUCCGCUCCUCCACAUGCAGCUGCUGGGUGACCUUGGGCUAGUCACACUUCUUUGAAGUCUCUCAGCCCCACUCACCUCACAGAGUGUUUGUCGUGGGGGAGGAAGGGAAAGGAGAUUGUUAGCCACUUUGAGACUCCUUCAGGUAGUGAUAAAGCGGGAUAUCAAAUCCAAACUCUUCUUCUUUAUUUUAUUGCAGAAGCAACAGAGAAUGAGUACUUUUUUCGUUUUCUAUGUAGUCAACAUAUAGUCUAGAACUAUUGUGUAUUGUUUUCUCUGAGGAUAACUUUUUUUUUGUUUAAUUCCAAAAAAUAAAAGCUCAUUGCACAAUUGAUUCUGCAUUUGAAAUCAGAUAUAAGCAGUCCUGGUAAUGGGGGGUUUACCCACACCUGCCCAAUGAUAUUCUGGGUAUGCCAAGUGAUACUAGUCCCAAAACCAAUCUACAAUCUGCUCUUAUAUUAUCUUAUGAGACUGAAUGUGGCAUUAACUGGUUCAUACUCUGUUUCUGUAACUUGCUUUUUUUUAAGCAUCAUCCCAUGAGACAAAAGGCAGUCAAGCAGAGCAACCCAGAUUGGACUUUAACAACCUGUUGGUUAAUCCAGAUGGACCAACUGUCUUGCAACUGAAUGAGGUGAAAAGCACGGAGCCGCCUCUCUUCCUCAUUCACGCUAUUGAGGGAUCUCUCUCAGUUUUCAACAACCUUGUCUCUAAACUACGUAUACAAGCCUAUGGACUUCAGUGCACAAAAGGUAGUUCUGUGAUGCUUAUUGAUUGUCUAAUCCAGAGGUCAUCCUUGUCAAUGUAGCUGGGAUCAAUUUACAUCUUUCACAAACAUUCCAAUUUGCUGAAUACAAGCAUAUUUUGUCCAUGUGUGUGUGUACAUGGGGAAGUCUCCAUGCCAUAAGAGAGGUAUAUGGUGAUAAUUUACCACUGGAAUAAGGAUUCCUUUGGGACAAAACACUUAUUCCUUUAAUUUGGUUUUUUUUUUUAAUAAUUUUUUAUUAAAGUUUUAAACAAAGGAAAAAAAACAACACACACAAAAAACAGUACAAAACUUAACAAUGAAAACAUAGAACAUAACAAUUAAAAACAAACUCUCUUUUCCAUUUCCAAUUUUAAAUUACUUAUUUUCUGGACUUCCUCAUACCUCCCACUUAUUCCUUUAAUUUGGGGAGGGGAGCACCAAGUCAAAAUGGUAUAUUUUAAAGCAGUCCUUCCCCAGCUUGGUGUCCUCCAGAUGGUUUUAACCACAACUCCCAUUAGAGCCAGCCAGCAGGACAAAUGGUCAGGGAUGAUGGGAUUUGUAGUCCAAAAUAUCUGGAAGGCGCCAGGUUGACGAAGUCUGCUUUAAAACAUAGAAAGGGUUCCAGAAAGAGUGGAGGCUGAAAUUAGCCAUGAUGAUUGAUUAUGAGUCUGUUCCUCAAUCAUGUAGGCAGAAUCCAGAUGUCUUCAUUGCAUUUAGCAUGUAGUAAAUUACAGAAUUAAGAUUUCUGCAACUAUAUAGAGCAGGUUUUCCCCCUAAACCUUGAGGUUAACUUUCACUUGAAAAAAAUACAUGCAAAUACAAGCACAAGUAUAUAUAUUAUAAGGCUCUUAAUAGAAAAAAUGUUACGAAAAGUAAGCAUUUGCUGCCAGAGGCUCAGAGGUUCAGUCCAGACUGAACAUCUCUGCUGUUCAUGACAAAAAUUAUCCAUAUUCUAAAAAAGUAACAAUUUUGAAACGGUAGAAACUUGUCUAAUUUAUUUCAGUUCCACAGUCUGGAAUUUUGGCUCUUUACAGCAACGUUCUAAAGAUUGUGACCGUGAUCAUCCAUAGCCUGAUUCUUCUCCUCAUUUUACCUCUUCUCACUACUAGCUGCUCCUGUGGACAGUAUACAGAGCCUGGCAUCCUAUUACAUUGACUGCAUUAAAAAAGUGCAACCGGAAGGCCCCUAUCGGAUUUCUGGAUAUUCCUUUGGUGCCUGUGUUGCUUUUGAAAUGUGUCGUCAGCUGGAAGCUCAGCAGAAUCCCUCCCAUUUACCCAACAGCCUGUUCCUGCUUGAUGGUUCUCACUCCUAUGUAGCAGCACAUACUCAGGUAAGAGACCAAUCCAGCUACAAGAGCCACUUGGAAAAGAUUACACUUCCAUGUAGGAAUAGCACGCAACCAUGUAUUUUAUUGCAUGUGCACAUAUGUGAAUUGCCUCCCAUUUCCUGUUGAAUCAAUUUCUGUAAGGCAAGCUGGAGACCAAACUGAGAUCCCACUGGAUAUUAGUGGGAGAAAGAGGGAGCUCCACACUGUUGUCGCUCAGCAAGCAGAGGCUGGUGGAAGCAGGCAGGGCUGGGAAGAUCCAACCCACCUCCUCCGAGCCUGGCACAAAGGGGUUUGGGCUUGUGCCUUUGCUAAAAUUCAAUUCUUUGUCUAAGAUUAACAUGAAUUUUCUGGUGCUCCGUCCUCUCCCGCCAGAGCUACAGAGCCAAGCUAACUCCAGGAAACGAGGCUGAAGCAGAAACCGAAGCAUUGUGUGCCUUUGUUCAGCAGUUCACUGGCAUGGAAUACAAUAAGGUAAUGCUCUUUGCCACCGUUCACAGCUGGGGUUGGGGGAGCACAUUUUGCUCACAACAGUUUCACUCUAGAAACUGCACCUUGUAGUAAAGCUUUCCUGUUUGUACCGUUUGCAGUUGCUGGAGAUUCUUCUACCCCUACCAGAUCUGGAAGCUCGUAUAAACGCGUCUGUUGAUCUGAUAACUCAAAAUCACAGAGACCUCAGCCACGAGGCCCUUGCCUUUGCUGCUGCUUCCUUUUACAAGAAACUGAAGGCAGGAGACAAGUAUGUGCCUCAGAGCAAGUAUCAUGGCAACGUGAUGCUACUGAAAGCAAAGACCCACAAUGAGUACGGAGAAGGUCUUGGAGGAGACUACAAGCUCUCAGAGGUUAGUAACAUUAACAGAAGAAACUGGAAGGUUUUUUUGUGGAUUUUCACCCACCAUAGCCCUUAAAGUAACAUAGGUUGCAGUCCAUCAUCUAGUUAUGUGUGUUUUUAAGUCCCAUUGAAAUCAAAAAAACUAGCUUGCUUGAUGGUUUGUAGCCAUCUUCUAAACAUCUCUGCCCCUCACUGAAAACUGAAGUGCUCCAAAAGUCGAAGCUUAACAGCACAUGAUGUAGAGCUCAAAUGCUUGAUGCAACUCCUUAUCUUUACUUUCUGCAAGUAUUUUUCUGGCCUAUGAAGCAGCAGCAGCAGCUGAAUAUUUAGUUUGCUAGGUUAUGGAAUGAUUAACCUAAAAGAAAAAGGUCUUAGGCCUUGCUUGACAUGUCUUUGAUUGUGAUUGAUUUAAAGAAAAUGAAGAAAAUGUGGAAAGUAGUGAAAAGAAGAAAAGGGUCGUUAGGAGUUCCUUCUCAUUCUCCUGAAUGGAAAGGCAGAAGGUGUAUGAAACUAAAAAAGUGUGUGUGUGUGAUGUUCUCUUUUAUAUCUUUGUGCCCUGUGCAGGUCUGUGACGGGAAAGUGUUUGUCCAUAUUGUUGAAGGGGACCAUCGCACGAUCCUGGAAGGAGAUGGUGUCGAGUCAAUUACUGGGAUCAUCCAUAGCUCGUUGGCAGAACCUCGGGACAGUGUUCGAGAAGGCUAGAUACUUGAGAAACUUUACUGUCAUUGCUAGAGAGAAUUCAAAGCUAACCCUUAGGACAACCCCAAGGAACUCUUCCUGUAAUCCAUCAUGUCAUCUGCUCCGCAGCCAAGUCUAGGAUGUCCAAAUGGCCAGAGUCCCCCCUCCCCUCUCUCUCCAGUGCAGUGACAUUAUUUUUGCACUGUUGCAAGGACCUGUAUCGAGGGCAACAUUUUACACCAUUUGCAGUACACACAAAAAAAAAAGAAUUAGCAGACUGUGUGUGUGUAUUUUGUGCUUUGUAUUGUAUUGUAUUGUUGUCUAGAAGUAUUCCAAAGGAUAAGUGAAACUGACCAAGCCUAGGGAGUAAGGAGGGAAGCUGCAACUGAUUUUGGAGGCGCAUUUGUCUGUGAAAGAGUCAGUUCUGUAGCAGUAUCAGUAAGUUAAUUCCAUUGAGGCUUUUUUGUAACUAUUAUUUCUAAUCUGAAAUAUUCUAGGUAUUUAUUUUAUUGUUACUUUAUUAGAGGCUCACUGUUUUAAUUUGUGAUUGGCUAAAUGAUAAGGACAAAAUAUUUGAUUGUGGAGUAUUUCUUCCCCCUGCGGCUGUUUGGUUGCCUCGUUUUUACAAAAUUAAAACCAAAAUUCAUCUUUAGAACAAUGUGGUCAUUUGGAAUGGAAGAUAGAUUCCUAUGAUAAGCACCACCUUUCUCCACAGAGAGGUGAAGCUGCUUCUGAUAUGUUGCUGGUCCCAUAUUCAGUCUCUGAUGGAAGGGAAUCCAAGCUUGGAGCAUGUAUAGCGUCUUUUCCUUAGCAGAGGUUGGGGGCAACUUUAAGAUAAUUCCUGCAUUCAUCUGGAAAAUGCAUGGAUCAGAUGUAUACAGCUUUCUGCACCCAGUGUGGUAAUUUCCCCCAAAUACUUUCAAUCUAGCUUCUUAAUUCCCCCCGCCCCAUUUGCUGCUUCAAGGGUUGCUCAGACUUCAUAUGAGUUCUUGUUGACAAGAACCUGAUUUAACCCUCCCACAGCUGAACCAUCUCCCCGUCUCAUCCAUCCAAAAAAAGAAGUCUGUAGUAGUUAUGAAUAUUUGCCUAAAACCCCUUUGGAAAAACAAAAACUGGAAGCAGUAAGCCUUUUCUUGCCUCAUCUAUGUUGGAUAUGCUUGUAGAAGAAUCGGAACAUCUUUGCUGCAACAAUGAUACAGAGGAGACACAUGGAGCAAUCAGUAUCCAGCAGGAUUGUUGUGCCUCCCCAAACUGCUUUAGAAUCCAGGUUCUCUGCUGGGUUAUUUUAAUUAGUGCUGGGGCAUAGAGAUUGCACACAAGUUCCAUACCUGCUGGGAGCUGGUUGGCUAGGUGAUCCUCUGUGGACAGGCAGCUUAGUGGCUGGUUUUAGUUUUUAAUUUUAAGGAAAAAUUCCUUGGAAAUCUGAAAUGUAUAAUGAAUACGUUUUCAGAUCAGACCUGUUCUGUUUUGUGUGUGUGUGUGUGUGUUUUCAUUUUCAUUUUUACAUUUCUUUGGUGAAAAAGCUCUGGAGCCCCCUUUCUUUUGUGGCUCUCCUGGAAUUAAAGGUGACUUAAACUCUGCCAUGGCUUUCCUUGACUCUUAUUUCUAUACUCUGUGCUUAUUAAUGUUUACUUGCAUUUUCUAUUCCUUUCUGGAAGCAGGGGUCGGAGUGGGGAGAGAUACACCCCCAGUUUCUUCAGGUACUAUAGCUUGGUGGCUGCAAAAACCUUAUCCAAGUUCAUUGGACAGUGGCUUCCUCUUGCUUUGAUGCCUCAUGCAUGUAUAAUCAAAUAACCAUGCUACAUGACUGGAAAUCAUGUAGUCUCAAAUGUUCCUCUUAGUUCUUUCUUCUUUUGUAGUUUUAGAAGCUCAUCAACUUAACUGCUUUCAUUUCCCCAUCAGUGGAACAGGGCUAACCACCAUGCCAGCUGCUUUGAGAACUGCUGUUAAAAGUGCUAGUAUUUACAGGAAAAAUUCAUCCAGGGGACACAUUUGAGUAGGUUUACAGUGCAAUCCUAUACAUUUCUAUUCAGAAGUAAGUCCCUCUGAGUUUAACAGGGCUUCUUCCAAAAUGUUUUUUGGGAUUGCAGUCUUAAUAAGUCAGCAUACCUGAAGUGAAGGGGGUACGAGGGCUGUUUAAACCAACUUACUUGCAGGAGCUAAUCUGUGUGUCAUAGGCAGGUGAUCUGUAAUAAACCUAAAAACUAGAGUGGAAUCUUUCCAGUAGCGAGGCUAGUUCUGAAUUGUUUUUACUCUGAAAUCCGAAAAUGUGGGAUUCUCUUAGGCUGCUCUCAAAAUCUUUAGGCAUUACAUAUAACAUUACCACUGCAAUCCUUUAUAUGUAUAUGCUGAAGUAAGCUCCAUUAAGUUCAAUGGAGAUUUACUCUCAGGUAACUUUGCCUAGAACUGUGGCCUAAACAGCACAUUUGAGCAUCAAGCAUUGUUUGCACUGUUCAUGUUAAUUCAGGGUUUCCCCAACCUUGGAUCUCCAGCAGUUUUUGGACUAUAAUCCCCAUCCCUGACCACUGGUCCUGCUAGCUAGGGAUGACAAGAGUUUUAGUCCAACAAUGGCUGGAGAACUAAUUUGCCCUCAAUCCCAAAUUUGGCAAGGGAGCUCCUACCCAUGUAAGCACUGCUCUAACCUUCAAAAGAAAGGAAUGAACACACAUUAGGCGUGGUACUUGCCAUUUUGACACCACCCCCGCCCACCCCACACAUAUGUGCAGUCAUCCUAAAUUAUAGUCUAAGAUGUCUCUCUUCUAAAGAGAAAUGUCUAUUGAUAGAAAUGAAAUAUAUACUUCUGAAUUAAGGCUAGGGCAUGUUUUCAAGGGCUUAGGUUUGGAGUGUCCUAAUUGGUUAUUUAAGCAUUUCUAUACUGCUUUUCAGAACAACAAAAAGUUCUCCCAAGCACUAUAAAAACAUUGUUUUUAUUUUUUAAAAUAUUCAAAGUAAAAGUCAAGAAAGCAUGCUUAAAGGGACAGAUUUAGUUAUGUGUGCAAUGGGAAGGACUGGGGGAAAGAGUGUGAUUUUACAGCUCACUCCAGAUUCCGUAGCGGUGGAUUCCAACACAUCUAAUUUAUACCGCACUGAGUUCAUGAGGAUUUGCUCCCAGGUUGCUGUAUAAGAUUGCAGCCUAAGCCUACUUAAUAGCUGAGGCAGCCUUGAAUCCACACUGAUCAUUAGUCAUUAUAUAAAGGAGCCAAUUUGCAGUAAUUAAACCAGAAGUACGGUAUAGUGUUUUUAUUAUUAGAGAGCAUUACUUAUGGCAAUUCUUAAGCAAAUGUUCAGGCUGCUAGUUGUAACAUUGGGAUACAGAAUGCAUACUUGCACUGAGAUGUUUGGGGGAAAGAAAGAUAAAAGUUCUUGCAUUAUUUAUUUCAAAACAAAAGCUAUUAAUUCAGGAAUGUCUAAGCUUUACCAUGUCCCAUGUAAACUUUUAAGUUGUCCCAUGUUGAGUGGAGUCUGCUUAAAUAAACAACUUACCGGAGUCUGUAUUGCAUCUUAGCUCCCAUUAGUUUACUGUGAUUAACAUAUCUGAUCAUAUCUAGCUGUGCCAACAGCUAGCAUUUGAUACUAC